AUGGGGGUCGGCGUUCUCUGCAGCAGACUCGGUGAGUAUGACUUGGUCGUCUUUUGGAGAAGAUGAUGAAGUUCUUUGUCCAUCAGAGUUUUAGACAUCUAAAAAGGUCUGAGGAAACCUUCUGACCCUGAAGAGCAGCUCUUAGAAACCUCUGUCUUUGUCUUUCAGCGUUGUUCCUGCUGUUUGCACACUCUCAGAAAGUCGGUAAGUACCGUUCAGUCGUGAAGUUUUAUAAUUCAAUUUAUCUAAAUGCUGGAAUCUGGACGAAUCUUUUCUUUCGGUUCUUUCAGAUUCAGUUUUUCUCCGUGUCCAUCCGAACAAAGUCCAGUUCUUCGAGUACGAGUCUCUGACGUUUCAUUGUGAGUGUUCGUACGGCUCCGCUGGAUUGAAGGUCGUCCAUCGCGUGAAAGGCGAACUUUCUCUGUGCAAACAUUCGACGAAGAAGACAAUGGUGUCGUCCUGUACCGUUAAAAACAUCUACCUGGAGGACAGUGGGGAGUACUGGUGCGAGUCUGGAGGGAAGGAGAGGAGCAACAUCAUCCAUGUCACCGUGACCGGUACAUUUAACUAAAACCAGAUUCCGCGAUUAAUCGUGAUUAAAUAAAUGAAUCGUUUGAUAGCCUUAGCUUCAAUCUGUUUUACUCAGCUGGAUCAGUGAUCCUGGAGAGUCCGGUCCUCCCCGUGGUGGAAGGAGAGACGGCGACUCUGCGCUGUAAGAGCAAAACGACGCCGUCCAAACGCUCCGCCGAUUUCUACAAAGACGGCGUCCUCAUCGGCAGCAACACCACCGGGGAGAUGAUGAUCCACGGCGUCGCCAAGUGCGAUAAAGGACUGUACAAGUGUAAGAUCUCCGGAGGUGGGGAGUCGGCGGAGAGUUGGUUGGCCGUCAAAGGUUUGAAACUCUCUUUUUAUUACUGGUAUCUGUGAUUUCCUGAUCUGUGGUCGAGACCUUCACAUGAGAGCGACUCUGAAACCACACCUGUCCUGAAACACCACGUCUUUGUUUUUAGACUCAGUCAAAGUUUAUUUGAUGCUUAUUUUCUCCGACUCUGAGUAAGAAUGAACUUUUCAGAACUUCAGAAGAUUCAAACUUUUGACAGAGGACUGUUUUAUCUAAAAGAGUCUUCAGUGAACAGAUCUUUGAUUGUUUUGACGCUCGUCUGAUUUUUAACUCUUUAAACGCAGCUAAACUUUCCUGAUUUACUAACUUUUCCACUGACGAACUUGUUGAAUGAAACUUUGUCCCCUUAAAGUUUAUAAAGUUUGACCACUUUGCUGAUCUGAAACCCCGGUUCAAAAAUGUGUAACCACUGAACAAAAUCAAUGUUUUCAACAACACAAAGGUCUAAUGUGGCGUUCAAGUUACCUUAGAGGUCAGAUGUCGGAGCUGAAAAUGACGUCGCACCUGAGUUUCCACCGUUUCAGUCACCAAGUCGGAAAAAAGCAAAAUCGGCGGCAGAAACUAGAUGUCUAAAGGUCCUUUCACACCGGGACCGUUUUUGUCGUGCGAUUAUUUCGGACGUCAAUAUUUUUUUUUAAACCUGUAUCCUGUCAAUACAAGCGUUCACAUCAGCGACAUUUUCCCGUCCUUAUUGCGGCAUUUAUUUUUUCGGAUCACAGUCGAUUUUUCUAAAGUUUCCCAUACCGUGUGUCCACUUCUGACCAAUCAGAUUUCGUGUUGUUGAGACGUCAGAUUCAUCGGUAUAUCCAACAUGGCCGACCGGCUGAUUGUGUGUCGGAGAACAAUGAUUUCUCACAUGACGAUGUUUUGCGUGCUUUAACAGUUUGAUAAACGUCUUUGUUUUAACUUUCAUCUGUGCUAACGUAAGCUAACGGUUGUUACCAUAGUUACAUGUGCUUAUCUUAUCGCCUCUGAUUGGCUAUAAGUGCUGACCGUUCGACUUGAGCGUGUGAUGACGUUUCCAACUUUUCUAGCCAAUCAGAAGUGAAGGAGGCGGGCCUUUCCCCGGGAUGCGUCUUUUUCUCCCGGAAAGUCGCAAAAUCGCAUCGGCCUGAUAUGUAUAGUCAGGCGCGUCAAAAUUCACCUCCGAAUAUUUCGUAAUUCCAGCGUUCUAUAUUUUGCGUAUAGACAAAAGUUACAUCUACGAAAGUUAUUUUAGCGCUUGACUUUUCCGAACAUAAGGCAGGCGCCGAAAUGACUUCCAUAGCUGUAGCCAUCUUGUUUCCAUAGCAAAAUCAGAGGCGGAACCAAGGUGGCUACAUCUACGAAAGUUAUUUAACGGCUUGCCUUGUCCGAACAUAAAGCAAACGUUAAAUAACUUUCGUAGAUCUUUCGCCAUCUAGUUUCCGCUUCCGAUUUUGCUUCUUUCCGACUUGGUAACUGUGACGUCAAAAUUCAGAUGGUAACCCACCGUCAAAAUUCACCUCUGAAUAUUUCGUAAUUUUGCGUUCUAUAUUUACUUCGGCCCCGGUGUGUGAGGACCUGACAUCUAUGAAAGUUAUUUUAGCGCUCGACUUUUCCCGAACAUAAAGCAGGCGCUAAAAUAACUUAUCUUUCACCAUCUAGUUUCCGCCUCUGAUUUUGCUUCUUUCCGACUCGGUAACUGUGACGUCAUUUUCAGUUCCGACAUCUGACCUCCGCGGUAACUCGAACUCGGCAUUAGACCAGGAUUAACGGAAAACUCUGCGGUUGUGUUCGGUUUUUGGUUGCAGAGCUUCACGCCUCCUCAGACGUGGUCUUCAUCGUCUUCAGGAACCUCCUCCCCGUCGUCAUGAUGGUCAUGCUGUUGCUGUUGCUGGUCCUGCUCCACUUUAGGGAACUCAGAGAAAAACUACGUCAGCUCAGGUCGACUCGGUCGGAAAUAUGAGAGCUGAAAAAAAAAAGUUUACGAUAAAGUAAUCACGUUUACUUGACUGGCUGGUUUGGUUGCUAAGAAACCGUAAACGUCAACACCUUUCCCGGUUAGUUUUUAACUUUUUCUGUGAUUACGAUGUUUUUAUGUUUGAACGAUGGACAGCAUGUCUGACAUUCACCCCGAGCUUCACGUCUUUCUGCUGUUUACUGUUUAUGAAUAAUUUAACUUCUAUUAUUGUGAAAUGACCGCGCUGAGUUUUAGUGUCUCCAUGAUAAUUAAUUUUUGACGCUUUCUGUUUUUUUUUUUUAACUUUAAUGACUGUUUGUAUCGUCAGAUAUUUAAUUUGACACUGAUGCACUUUGAACAGCAGGGGGCGGAGUUUCACCUCUUUUUUAAUUGUGUGUUUGUGAGCGUUUGUGUGAGAGACGGAAAGUGAAAAAAGAAAAAAGUGAAUUUUAGUGUUUUAUAGUUAAACAAGUAAAGGAUAUUAUGAUGUUUAUAACAGGGUUGGGGAAUCAGCCGAUCAGCCAAUCAGAGUCCAACAACUUUGACCAGAUAUAAGGAGUCCAGAUUUAUUCUGUUUAUUUAUUUAUAUCUGUUUAUUUAGUUUUCCUGUUUUAUUUUGUAGAAGUUGAUGACUUGUCUUUCCUGUUUUAUUUUGAAGUAGUUGAUUCGUUGUUUAUUUCCUGUUUUAUUUUGUAGUAAUUGAUUCCUUAUGUUUCCUGUUUUAUUUUGUAGUAAUUGAUUCCAUGUGUGUUUCCUGUUUUAUUUUGUAGGAGUUGAUUCCUUGUGUUUCCUGUUUUAUUUUGUAGUAGUUGAUUCCUUGUUUAUUUUUCGUUUUAUUUUGUAGUAGUUGAUUCCCUGUUUGUUUCCUAUUUUGUUUGAAGAAGUUGGUUCCUUGUGUUUCCUGUUUUAUUUUGUAGGAGUUAAUUUCUUGUGUUUCCUGUUUUACUUUGUAGGAGUUGAUUCCUUGUGUUUCCUGUUUUAUUUUGUAGUAGUUGAUUCCUUGUUUUUUUCCAGCUUUAUUUUGUAGGAGUUGACUUCUUGUUUAUUGCCUGUUUUAUUUUGUAGUAGUUUGUUCCCUGUUUGUUUCCUGUUUUAUUUUGUAGGAGUUUUCCCUCCCUCGUUAGUCACUCAUCAGUCUCACCUGUGUCUCGUUUGUCUGUCUCUGUAUAUUUAGUUCCUCUCUUCUCCUCUCUCCUGGUUUGUUCUUUGUCUGUUCGGAUCUCCAGUUCGUCUCCUUGUUGUUGUUUUGUUUGUUCAGGAUUUUGCUCCUCCUGUUUUUCCCUUCAGUCAUGUUGAGAGUAAGUCUGAGUUGAUUUUUUACUUUUUUUCUUAAAUAAAUCUUUAGUUUUGUAAUUUUUGUCUUUUCUUCUUUCUCCUCUGUGACACGAGGACUCUCGUUGGAUGAUCUUUAGUAAAGUGGUUGAAUUGUUUUCUGGAUGUUCAGCUGAACUGGAGCCUAAAUGUUUAUUUUUAUGACGUGUUUUUUUGUCGGCCUGUUUUAAGUUUUAGUCUUUGUGUCAAACUGUCAUUUUAGUUUUUAUUGAUUUAGUCACUUUUAAACUCAUUUUUGCUGAGGAAACAGAAAACAAUAACAACGCGAGUAAACCAUUUCGUCUCGUUUUAGUCGAUGAAAAUGAAGAGACAUUUUAUCAGAGUUUUUAUUUUCUGAACCUUAUUUAGUCUUGUUUUUAUUCGUCAACAAUCUUGCAUUAUUUAGCUAUCGUUAUCAUCUCAAGACCACCAUUUACGUUUCGUCUCGUCUUGUUUUCGUCACGAUGACGAUCUUUCGUAAACACUACUUGUAAUAACGUACAAAACUUUAACCCUUUCAAACAGAGUCAACUUUCAGACAUCGUUUUAAACCAUCAGAACAUGUUUGCUGCAAUGAGGUCGUUUAAAAUCAUCUUAAAGUUAAUUUGGCGACUAAACGGAAAAUUAAAUUCACAAAACUGAAAUCAAGAAUAAAGACGUCUUUUUCUUUAGAUAGGCUUCCUUAUUGAUCAGCUGUGGUUAUUAAUCAAUGUUUCUCAGCCGUUAGUUUGUGUCAUGUUUAACAAUCGUACCUGUUUAUCUGGUGAAUAUUAGCGUGUAAAUUUAGUCAUGUUGAACAUAUUCACACGCCUCUUUAUAUAGCUGUUAGCAUGUCUGCUCUCUUAGCGUACUUUCAUGAUAUCUACCGUACGUGUUUGUAAAUUCAGACAUGAACCUCGAACCUCGACUCCACCUGACGAUUCUCUACAGGGGUUAUUUCUACCGUGACAGCAGCUCUGUCUGUCAGAAAUGUUUUUAUUUUUAUUUUAAUCUUGAGAGUAAAAAUAAACGCUGCGUCGAACAGCAGAGAUCAGCCACACAGGAAGAGACCCCUCCUCCUCCUCCUCCUCCUCCUCAUCAUCAUCAUCAUCAUCAUCAUCAUCAUCAUCAUCGCUUCAUUUCAGUUUGAGGUUCACACAGUCAACAUGGAGGUCUGCUGCAGACUAAGUGAGUUUGACUUUUGGUUAAAUCUACUUUAGUACAGGUAAAAGUUUUAAUCGUUAAAGUCCGAAGAGUUUUACUUUUACGUCUGAGGCAGAGAUCGAACUGAAAACCGUAGAUGUCGUAGAUGUCUGCUUCAUGGUCUCGUGAUGUCUAACUUUUCCAUGUCGUCCCUCCAGUGUUGUUCGGUGUUUUGAUCCUGCUCUGUGAACAUAAUCAGAAAGUCGGUAAGUUUCAGUAAAUUUAACCCUCGGUUCCUCCUCUGUUCGUUUUGAGGACAUUGUCGUUGUUUUCAUCGUUAUUUUGAGCUGAUAGUCACGUUUUUAAAGAUCGGAAAAUCUAAUUUGGUGAGAGAUCUUAUUGUCACCUGUAGUGAUACAACAGAUUGAGCCGCACAUCAUUUUAACCCCUUCAGUGAUUUUAUAGCUAUUUUUUAUAUCUGCGUAAUCACAGUCAUAUUUUGGUUAGAGGAGGAUAAACACUUAUAAAUGAUUCCUAUCUUACAUAUAUCUUCUGAUUUUAUAUGCCUUUGUAUAUAAAAUUAAUUUAUCAUGAACAAAUGAAUUCGAUCGUAUUUGAUUUGGUCGAGGACGAGGCUCCAGAAAAGGAGGUGAAAAUGGCUUGUUUUUCUGUUCCACGUGACUUUAUUAAUAAAUAUGACGUGCUGAACAAAAACUGGAAUAAAAAGGGGAAAACAUCAAAUUCUGUAUUCAUUAUUUUUUUAAUGGUUAGGACUAAAGUUGUUUAAGAGAUUUGAAACAAAAUAGGACUCUAUAUUUAAAAAAAAAAAAAAAAAAUAUAUAUAUAUAUAUAUAUAUACAGGUAAUUUUAUAUGGGAAAUCUGGUGAUUUUGUGUUUUUUACCAUUAAAAAUUGCAAUGACAUGCUGAACAAAAACUGGAAUAAAAGGGGAAUACAUCAAAUUUUUAAUCUAUAAUUGUUUUGAAAAAAAAGAAUAAAAUGAUUAUUUCAUAAACACUUAUCUGCAUGUCUGUUUUGGGGACAAAGUAGGCUUGAUGGAGCUAAAAUAUGAAAAAUUGGAAAAACAAAAAAAGAUUUAAAUGCAUUAAAAUCAAUUUGACUUCUCAUCAUUGACAUGGCCCAGACUCUUUAUUUUAAAAAAGAGAAUUUAUUCAGGUCAUUUUAUAUUGGAAAUAUCGUGAUUUUGUGUUUUUUACCAUUAAAAAUAACAAUGACAUGCUGAACAAAAACUGGAAUGAAAGGGGAAUACAUCAAAUUUUUAAUCUAUAAUUUUUUUUUUAAUGGUCGGCAGAAGUUGUUGAAGAGAUUUGAGUUGAAAAUAGUAAAGAAAAUUAUUAUUUUAUAAACAUUUAUCUGCAUGCCCGUUUUGGGGACAAAGUCGGCUGGAUGGAGCUAAAAUAUGAAAAAUUGGAAAAACAAAAAAAGAUUUAAAUGCAUUAAAAUCAAUUUGACUUCUCAUCAUUGACAUGGCCCAGACUCUUUAUUUUAAAAAAGAGAAUUUAUUCAGGUCAUUUUAUUUUGGAAAUAUGGUGAUUUUGUGUUUUUUACCAUUUGAAAUAGCAGUGACAUGGUGAACAAAAACUGGAAUAAAAGGGGAAUACAUGAAUUUUUAUCUGUAAUUUUUUUAAUGGUCAGCUGAAGUUGUUUAAGAGAUUUGAAACAAAAAAAAGGAAGAAAAAAAGUUUAAAAAAUGAUUAUUUUAUGAACAUUUAUCUGCAAGUCGGCUGGAUGGAGCUAAAAUACGAAAAAUUACCACUACAAAAAAGAAUUUAAAUUCACCAAAAUCGAUUUUACUUCUUAUCAUUGACAUGGCCCAGACUUUUUUUAUUUAAAAAAAUUAUUGUUUUUUACCAUUAAAAAUAGUAACAAUAUGGCGCACUAAAACUGGCAUAAAAAGGGUGUUACAUUUAAUUCUUUAUUUUUAAUUUUUUUAACGUUCAGGGCUGAAGUUGUUUAAGAGAUAUGAGUUGAAAAAAGUUUUAAAAAAUGAUUAUUUUAUGAACAUUUAUCUGCAUGUCUGUAUUGGGGAUAAAUUAGGCUGGAUGGAGCUUCAAAUGAACAGGAACCAAAGGGUUAAAAAACUACAUUCCUCUUUUGUGUCGAGGUUUAGAGAACAAAUCGUUUCAUCUCAAUUUUUUUCCAGAUUCAUUGUUUCUCCAAGUCGAACCGAACAAGAUGCAGUUCUUUGAAUACGAGUCUGUGACCUUUCACUGCGAGGGCAGCUACAGCUCCACCGGAUUAAAAGUCGUCCAUCGCGUUAAAGAUUUACCUUCAUGUAACAUCACGACCACGGAGACAUCGAGAGUGCUGACCUGCAGCGUUUCCAUUUUUUACCAAGAGGACAGCGGGGAGUACUGGUGUGAGUCUGUGGGAGGGAAGAGGAGCAACAUCAUCUUCAUCACUGUCACAGGUAAGUUCAUAAAGAAUCAGUAUUUUUAGAGUAAUUUACUGUAUUUAAAGUUAAAACGGUCUCCAACAGACAAACCCGUGAACCUGGAGAGUCCUGUCCUUCCCGUCCUGGAGGGAGACUCUGUGACUCUACGCUGCAGAGUCGAGAUGAACCAGACUGACCUCUCAGCUGACUUUUAUAAAGAUGGCCGCCGCGUCUGGAGCAGCUCCACAGGAGAGAUGACCGUCAGCCAUGUUUCCAUGAAGGAUGAGGGACUCUACAAGUGUGACAUCUCUGAGGUCGGGGAGUCAUCUGAGAGCUGGUUGACCGUCAAAGGUGAGACAUACCGAAGUUCAGACAGAGGAGGAACCGAGGGUUAACAAAAAUCAAGAUAUGUUAUUCUGAUAUUCUGAGCUUCUCGCCACCUUUACCCAAACAAGCAGAUAACUUACAUCGUUGUAUCAUCUGCAUACGUCUGAAUAUCAUCCAGUGUUAGAGAUGAAAAUGUCCAAAAUCAAACUCAAACUUCUGCUUCUUUGGGGUUUUAAGUUUCUCUCAGAAGUGUUUGAUCAUGGUGGGAAAAGGUUUAAUAUUUGACUCAUCGACUCCAGAGGGAUAGUUCCUGUUGGACUGAACCUCAUUAAACUCUACUUUAAGAAAACCAAACCUUUCCUUCAGUUAUUAAAGACACACGUUUGGUAACUGUCAUAUUCUGUCAUCUUAGACAAAGCUUGCCUGGACAGAAGACCUGUUUCAGAUCGUCCGUCCUCAGAUUGUUCCUCCUCAGACGUUUUAUUCACCAUCUUCAGAAACGUCCUCCCCGUCGUCAUGAUGGCUCUUCUUCUGCUGCUGCUGGGUUUUAGCUACAGAGGGAAACUCGGAGGUAAACUGUGAGAAGAAACGUCUGAAAGUAAAGAAUAAUCUGGGCUCAAAGGCCAAAUCCAGUCUGGUUGAUGGUGAAGUUUUGCUAUUAUCGUCUUUUUUCUCAUAUAUUAAGAGUUAACAGUGUGAGUAAGUGAUGUAAAUGUGUAUUUGACUCGACAGAUAAAGUCACAAUAAUGUUGUAUUUUUGUUGAUGUAAGCAGCUUUUAAGUUAGUUCCUUCUUUGUUUAUAUUUCUCAUGUUCUCAGGGUCUCAUUCUGACGAUUAUAUGAGAAUUGUCAGUAACAGCUCUCUCUCCCUCUCUUUCUCUCUCUCUCUCUCUUUAAUUUUAUUUUAUGCCUCUAUAUUUAAAACUCCUCAUUGACCACGUCUGCAGACCACAGUGUCACUGACACACAGCUGAGAGCGUCACGUUUGACUUCCUGCUUCGGUUUUGUGUGAACAAUUAAAAUAAAAAUAAACAUCUUAAAUAUAACCUGACUGUUUUGUGUUUGAAUAUUUUUAACAUUUUACUACAUGUUUGAGAGUCAAAACCAAUAAUCAUUUCAUCAAUACUAAGCUUUUUGUGAAUUAAACUUUUAGAGAUGAAUUUUUGUAGGAAAUGCACAUCGUGUUGUCCAGCAGGGGGCAGACAAAAAAAAAAUAUAUAUAAAAUAUACGCAAACACAUACAUAUGUAUAUGUGUGUAUAUGUAUGUAUGUCUGUAUGUGUGUAUAUGUAUAUAUGUGUGUAUAUAAAUAUGUGUGUGUAUGUGUGUGUAUAUGUAUAUAUGUGAAUAUGUGUGUAUAUGUGUGUGUAUAUAUGUGUAUAUAUAAAUGUGUGUGUGUGAAUGUGUGUGUGUAUAUGAAUCUGUGUGUAUAUGUAUGUGUAUAUAUGUAUAUGUGUGUAUAUAUGUAUAUUUGUGUAUAUGUAUGUAUGUGUGUGUAUAUAUAUAUGUGUGUGUGUGUGUGUGUGUGAAUGUGUGUGUAUAUGUAUAUGUGUAUAUAUGUAUAUAUGUACAUGUGUGUGUAUGUAUAUGUGUGUGUAUAUGUAUAUGUGUAUAUAUGUAUAAAUGUAUGUGUGUGUGUAUGUAUAUGUGUGUGUAUGUGUGUAUUUAUGUAUAUAUAUAUAUAUAUGUGUGUAUGUAUAUAUGUAAAUUUGUGUAUGUAUAUAUGUAUGUAUAUAUAUAUUAUAUAUCCUGUGUGUUUAGUGUUUUAGACCCUCUGUCUCCUUGCAGAGACACUCAGCUCUAAGGUUUUGUCGUACAUGACUGCAGCUCUGUCUGUGGUUAAAGUCUAUUUUCAAUAUAACAGACUAAAUUAGAGCUUCAUCAUCAGCGUAGGAAGAGACCUUUCUCUUCACCUGAGUUCACUUCAGUCCGACACUCAGACGACCAACAUGGAGGUCAGCGGUAUUUACAUCACCCUGAGUGAGUUUGACUUCUUCACCUUUGUGAAGACAUAAGUGAUAUAGAAGUUUUCUGUUUUAACAUGUUUAUUGAGAGAUUUUUGACGUACGUUUAUACAGAUUUUUGUUUUUUUGCUUUUGCUUUUUAUUGGGUUUUUCAGUUCUUCUGAACGCGACUCUGUGAUCUAAAGGUUUUUCUUUUUAUAGUGGUCCAUGUGCUGGUCCUGAUGAGUGUAGAUGUCCAUGAAGUCGGUGAGUUUAGAUCCGUUUCCUCUUUCUGAUGUUUUAAAAACACAAAUUGAUGCUUUUUGUCUGUUUUUUUCACUUCUCUCAGAUUCAGUCUUUCUUCACGUUGAACCGAACAAAAUGCAAUUCUUUGAGUACGAGUCCAUGACCUUCAUCUGUGAGGACCACGGAGGUUCAACAGGACUGAAGGUUAUCCAUCAGACCAAAGGGAAGUUACAUUCAUGUCAAACUACAGAUAAUCAGACACCGGUGUUGACCUGCUCUGUCAAGAACAUCUACCACGAGGACAGUGGAACGUACUGCUGUGAGUCUAGAGAAGGAGAGAAGAGCAACAUCAUCAACAUCACUGUAACGGGUACGUCUACAUGAAGACAGACCUCCACAUAAACCAUGAACUUGGUCCUUUCUAAAACCAGAACUCUGUUUUACUCAGCUGGAUCAGUGAUCCUGGAGAGUCCGGUCCUCCCUGUGGUGGAAGGAGAGUCCGUGACUCUGCGCUGUAGGAACAAGACCACCUCAUCCAGACUCUCAGCUGAUUUCUACAGAGACGGCGUCCUCAUCAGAGUCGGCUCCACCGGAGAACUGACCAUCCCCAGAGUCUCAGAGUCCGAUAAAGGACUGUACAAGUGUCGGGUCUCUGGAGGUGGAGAGUCAGUGGAGAGUUACCUGGACGUCAAAGGUGAGGUUUUUUAUUUCUCCUCUGUUCAGGCUGGAUUGUCGGAUGUUUGGUUGUUUUGAGUUAGGUCUUCAAAUGCAGCUCAAGUGUCUGAGAUGGAUUCAGAAAGCGGGUAUUCACCAGAAUCAAGUUACGAUAUUCACCAUGACACCUUCUUGUCUUAGAAAAACCCGACCGAGAGAGAGACCCCUCCUCGGAUCGUCCUCCGGCAGAUCUUCUCUUCAUCGUCUUCAGAAACGUCCUCCCCGUCCUGAUGAUGGUUCUUCUUCUGAUGAUGCUGUGUUUCAUCCACUGUGGGAAACUCAGAGGUAGACGACCAAACGCCAAGUCCACUGAGAUAGAAAUCACCCAGAAAGAAGGUUAAGACGUUGACGCUGACGUCCACUUUGAACGUCUUAUUUUCGUAUGCACUUUGACUUCAUAAUUAAACGUCCGUUUAAAUCAACAAUAACAGGAUAAAAACAUGAUUAUAUUGUAGAUUUGUUCAUAUAACUCAGAGUUCAGUGUCUGAUUAUAAAGAUGAAUUCAUGCUCUCACGGUCUGUAUGAACACAUGAGGAUUGUCAGUAACUGCGCUCUGUUAACCACUUAAAUCUAUUUUAAUUCUCAUCUAUGUAUAACAGCUGUUUCUGACACACGUCUGCAGACCACAGCAUGAAGAACAUGCACCUCAGAGCUUCAUGUUUCACUUCCUGCUUCUGUUUCUUUAAGAAAUAAAAAAAUAAAUUAAAAAACACGACUUUAUUCUGUUGUAACGUUUGGAUAAUUAUCGACAUUUUAUCUCAUAUUUGUACUUUAAUGUCUUUUAAAACAAUAAAUACCAACAACAGUUCAGUCUGAGACAGAUUUUUCUAUAUUAUGAAUAAUUGAGAUGAACUUUAUUAAUAAUGCACUUUUAGUGUUCUCCAGCAGGGGGCAGAUUAGCACUUGUCUUUUCCAAAUUUAUUUUAUAUGCCAACAUCUAUGAAAGAAAGACCCAGGCCACGGAGCGCAAUGCGUCCUUUACGCACAGAUGGUUCCGAUUUUAAUGCCAUUUUUGGAGUUUAUGUUGUGAUCUGUGCGCACAACCCACCUUUGUCACGUGAGGUUUGAAUAUGUCCAACUUUAUGUGAGUGUCUUUAUUUGUGGAAAAGGGUGUUUGUCUUACCAGUGCGUCCAACAUUACACACACCAAAUCCAUCUGUGCUCAUAUGAGAGAGUGUGGAGGACGCCCAAUGCAGCGCUUACAGUGACACUUGUUGAGGAGCUGCCUUCUGUCGCCAUCAUGUGGCAUUGCUGUCUUCUGACAUCUCUUGAUCUCUUUGACUACUUCACGAAAAUUGUAAUACACCUCACCGGUGGCGGAUUUAAAGGCGAGGAGAGGAGCUUAUGUGAUUGGUGAAAACAGGUCUCGGCUGUAUUAAACCCACUCCACGCCCUCUCUCCUCCCUCUCUACGACUUACACCGCUGGGAGUAGCUGAGAUAGGGAGGGGGGAUACUUACGCCGGGCACGACUUGUCGGCGUGGCAGACCUGACUUACGCCGCAGCUAUUCCACGCCGCUGGCGAGGAACAAAAAUAGAGCCCUAAGAGUUUAAUCCUGAUUAACCCGACAAAAUACAGACCCUUAACUGAUUGUUUUUGUUUUUAAACUCACAGUUCAGACGGAUUUUGCUGAGUAUUUUUUUUUAAACUCGUAGUUCUCAUCCAUAAAUAGGAAGUGCGUUUAAAUGACCAAAAUAUCACUAAUUUAUUGAGUGCUCAACCUAAAACUGCAGUUCCUCCAGCGUCCACUUGAGGCAGGUAUUAAGGUUACAGUUUCUGGUUUAGUCUUUAUUUAUAAUCAUUAAAAUCCGCUCAGUCAAAUGAGGCCAAAAUCACAGUUUUUAUCCCCACAGGUCUCGGCUGAACGUUUGUCUUAUCGGCGUCUUUUAAACACGUUAAACUCGGAUGACGAAUCCGUGAUCUUGUUUCUGAUUGAUCGAAUAUUCGCUUAAAUUUAUCACUGCUGAUCUGAGGAGAAGUCGAACCCACCAGCAGGUCAGCAGACUCGUGUUAAUUUGAGCCUCAGUGAACCUCAGAGAGCGCAGUUCUCAGUAUACGCUCAUUUAGACACACACACACACACAUAUUUAUAUAUAUAUAAAUCGAUGGUUAUCUUCAUUCUUUAGCUCCGCCCUCUGAUACUUGACCUGAGAUGAGGGGCUGUUUACCACACGCCUGCAGCUCAGUCUGUGGUGAGCGUCUAUUUCAACUAAUAGGGACAAAACUAGAGCGUCAUCAUGAACCGCACUUAGCCACGCAGGAAGAGACCCCUCCUCCUCCUCCUCACCAUCGUCAUCAUCAUCAUCGCCUCAUUUCAGCGCGAGGCUCAGAGAGUCAACAUGGAGGUCAGCGGUCUCUGCGUCAGCCUGAGUGAGUACUUCUGGUAGAUUUUAAAGGAUGUUUUAACGUGUUUUUAUAGAUCUACGUCAGGGCUGAACGUGAACUUUUUUCACAUGUUCUCUUGAGUUGAAAAAGUAAGGAGCACAAAGAACUUUAGGGGAUCAAUGAAAACUGAUCUAAUAAUGUUUGUCUUAUUGUCCGACCUUAGUACUACUAUUCGAAAUCAAUUUAAGGUCAGUUGGUCACAUGCAAGCUAUUGAAGGAAAACAGCCUUUUCUGAGAACACCAACCGGUGAUUUAUUAACGGCCCCUUAUUCAACACCGACGUUGACAGCGAGGGGCCGAGUAGUAGUGUUGUAGUACUCAAGAUUGGUCUUGGUCUCGAGACCAUUUUUUAAAGGGUCUUAGUGUCAUCUCGGAAUCGAAGGCAUUUUCACUUGGUCUCGGUCUCACUUGGUGCGGUCAUGACUACAACACUACCGAGUAGAUUUAACCGCGCUGCCGUUGCUGUUCUCAGUUAUGGAGAGUGAGAAGACACCGGUAGAUCUUCAGUGAAUGUCCGUCGAAUAUCCAACCUAAAACUAACUUCACCGUGGUAAAAACAUCGCAAAUAUGAGUGAAACGAUUGCACUGUUGAGUCCUGGGUGUUAUGUAGAAGGAAUCCGUUUUAGUUCAGUUCUGAACCAGAUUAAGGAGUCAUAAAUAAAGUGAUAAAACGCUGUCAAAUACGACUCUUUGUUAGAAACGUUUCCUGUUUUUACCUUCCCAGUGGUCCAUGUGCUGGUCCUGAUGAGUGUAGACGUCCGUGAAGUCGGUGAGUUUAGAUCCGUUUCCUCUUUCUGCUGUUUUUAAAACACAAAUUGAUGCUUUUUGUCUGGUUUUUACUUCUUUCAGAUUCAGUCAUUUUUCAUGUGGAACCGAACAAAAUGCAGUUCUUUGAGUACGAGUCCAUGACCUUCGUCUGUGAGGACCACGGAGGUUCAACAGGACUGACUAUAGUUCAUCAGACCAAAGGGAAAUUACUAUCAUGUCAAACUACAGAUAAACAAACACAGAUGUUGACCUGCUCUGUCAAGAACAUCUACCACGAGGACAGUGGAACGUACUGGUGCGAGUCUAGAGAAGCAGAGAAGAGCAACAUCAUCAACAUCACUGUAACGGGUACGUCUACAUGAAGACAGACCUCCACAUAAACCAUAAACUUGGUCCUUUCUAAAACCAGAACUCUGUUUUACUCAGCUGGAUCUGUGAUCCUGGAGAGUCCGGUCCUCCCCGUGGUGGAAGGAGAGUCCGUGACUCUGCGCUGUAGGAACAAGACCACCUCAUCCAGACUCUCAGCUGAUUUCUACAGAAACGGCGUCCUCAUCAGAGUCGGCUCCACCGGAGAACUGACCAUCCCCAGAGUCUCAGAGUCCGAUAAAGGACUGUACAAGUGUCGGGUCUCUGGAGGUGGAGAGUCAGCGGAGAGUUACCUGGACGUCAAAGGUGAGACAUGCAGAACUUUCCCAAUAACAUUCCGUCAUGUCGUCACUGUAUGAAUACCUUUAAACUGUCAUGGCUGUUAUAACUUCAAUGUAACAUCUGUACUAACUAAAUUCAGUUCUGUUGUUUCAGAAACACCUGGAGGGACCGGCUUGCCCAGUUCCAGUUCACACCUCUGGAUUAUCAUCGUUGUUUUGCUGACUCUGCUGUUACUGGUUGGACUACUUCACUUCAGUAAAAUCUUUUGGCGCAAAGGUAUGGUGACGGUUAUUGACACCUCAAAGGCAUUUGCUACUGUCGGUGCGUUGUUACUUCCUUUGUAUUUUGGGGCGUUUUCGUGGUUGGAGGCGUUAUUUACGAUCCAGACUUUGCCUCGGCUUAUUAACUUUUUGGCAACUGUCACGAACCUCUCAGUAAAACCCGCUCAGGGCCCUGUCAGAUUUCAUCUUGUGAAAGGUUUGCUUUAACUUCCCCCGAGGUGUCAACUAUGACACAAUGAGAGAUAAUGUCAACACUCAGAGGUUGAUGUGUUUUUAUGUUUUCUAUCGUUUCUUUUGCAGUAAUUCUUCACCUGUCCACGACUCAUCUACGAUCACCUGAUGAUCACGCAGGUAAGAACAAGAGAGGUCGGUAAACGAGGUUAGGAGACGAAAAAUAGAGAAAUAUUCCAAAAAGUAGACAUCGUAUCAGACACUUCAUCAUCUUUUUAUUAUUACUACGGCCCUGUAUGUGGAACAGUUCACCUAAAGACCUGAGGACUGAAACUAAUCUGAAUGACUUUAAAUGAAAACUUAAAACUUACCUUUUUAGUCUUGAUUUUAACUAAUUUUCUAUCAUUAACUUUAAGUGUUUUAGCAUUCAUCUCUUCUAGUUUUAAUGACAGGAUCGUCUUUUAUUGCGCUAUUUUGGUGCUCUUUAGUUUCUUUAAUGUUGUUUUUAUUUCAUUUUAUUCAUUAUUUCUUAAAUUUCAUUCUAUGUUACUUUGUUUUUUAGAUUUUAUCUUGAGUUUUAAAAUGGCGUUUCCUCAGUGCACACAUUCCUGUUUCCACGAAAUCGAGCCCUUUUUAAGUUCAAGCAUUUUAAUUCUGUUUCUGUUGGCGUAGAUUUGAGUUUUCUUUGUUUCUUUUAUUUCUUUUUCUGUGUAAAGCACUUUUUGCUAAAUGGUCGUGUAUGAAAAGUGCUAUAUGAAUAAAGACUGAUUCAUUGAUUGAUUGAUUGAUUGAUUGAUCGAGUAUAUACCCAAGUAUAACCUACUGUUGUAUAUCCCUGUGGUGUCCCAGGUCUUGAUACCAUUGAUAGAGAUAUCCCUCUUUGGACAGGCCAAUGUUAAUCAUGGGAAUAUCGUUAUUCUCAUAUAGAAGUAAAUCCAUCAUUAUGUCAUCAAUAUGAGAAAACAUAGAUUAGUUGAAUUAGUUAGCUAAACUCUUUUUAAUGUUUGUCAGUUUAUUGUAACUGAAUGAUUUCUAACGUACAAUUGUUGUUGUUUUCAGUUCCUGUAGAAGACGGAGGAGCCGAUACAAACACAGACCUGUACGCUGUGGUCGACAAAGACAGGAGAACACAAGGUAGCCCACCGGUCCUCUGAAUGUGUGUAGUCAGGUUUCAAGAAGGACUCAUGAAAUCAGACUCUAAGUUUGUGUAAACCUCAGAUGAGGCUGAAAAUGUGUGAAUUUUACUGAUAGAAAGAGUCAGGUGUCAUCUGCAUAAUGAGUAAUCCUGCAUACAACAAAUGGGAGCAAAGAGAGUGAAAGAAACACAGGAUUAAAACUGAAUAUAUGGGACACACAUCUAUACCAAGGAAUUCAUUUUCCAGCUGUUUGAGUUCAAUAAAUUCAUCAUUAACUCAUUGGUUUUUCCUCUUUGCUCUCAGAUUCCCAUGAAACAUUAUCCGGAGCCGUUUACUACAGUUUGGACGGCCCAGAUGACAGUCAACUCAUCGGUAAGAUUUACGGUGAAUUUAUUGAGAAUUAAAAUAAAUAAAGACUUUUUCAUAACUGAAUCUAUUUCCACAGCAGAGCCGAGAGUAUCGAGAGUAUCGUCCAUGGCUGUUCACACACCUCUACCGCCGGAUUCCUUCUAUUCAGUUAUUGAGGAGGUGAGACCGAGAGAAUUAAUGUCCCAUAUUUACAUUUUUAAACAUUUCAUGAAGCAGUAGAUCUGGAAAUAAUCAACACUUAAAGGGAUCAGAGUAUUUGGAAAACCCAGAUAAACUUUUGUCAGACAAUAAAUCUUUUAGUCGCCUCAACUCUUCCCUCGCAGAUUCAGUAAACGUCCUUUUAAGACAUCUGCUUCGAUUUUUUUAACACAGAAAGUCAGACAUAAAAAAAACUAAAGAUAACUCAGAUUAUUACUCAUAAUUUCUGACAUAUAUUCAAACUUGAAUUUUAUUCCUGUGUCGUCUUGUUUUUUAACGGUUCUGUGUGUGUUUUGCAGGUUGGGGGAUGACAGCUGACCAGAGCAUGAUGGAAAUAGAAAUAUUAAAUUUUUAACAAGUUUACAGCUAAACCGUGAUAUCGGUGAAAACAAUAAAAUGAUGGUAGAAAUGAUCUACAGUCUUUGAAGUUGUAAUUAUCAUGUUCACAUAUUUAUUGAAUUUGUUUGUAAAUAAAUAAAUGAGCCUCGGUUCAUCUCAUGUCUGUUUUUGAAUGACCGUGUUUACUAAAAUAAAACAGUGUUGUUGUUUCGUCUGUCAGGUCUGGUUCACGAGUGAACGGUGCAGAGUUUUUAAUACACUCAGCGUGGUCGACCACCGACUCAGAGACGUCCUGUCACUCAUAAACAGACACAUAAAUAACUCUGUGGGUGUCGUACCGUACAAACUUCAGAAAAAUAAACACAUGUUCUUCUGAGUUUGUGAUAUAUUUUAAAAUCUCAAGAGUACUUUUUAUUUUUCAUAUUUAUUUUAUCAUUUAAAAAAAAAAAAAUUAAACAUCUUUUUUUUUUCACAAUGACGUAACAACCCCCCAAAAAAGUCUUUUUUUUUUUUCUUAACCACACAAUUUUCUUCCCUCCCCAUUAUUUCCUAGGGAUACGGAACAGAAAGGGGAAAAAAAGUAUAUAUACACACACACACACACACACAUAUAUAUAUAUAUAUAUAAACUUACUUUCUUAGACUCAGACUUAGUUCCUCUCGUUUCCAUUGGAACAUUGGGCGACCAGUCCCCUCCAUUUGCUCCGGUCCCUAGCGACCCUUCUUGCUCCAUGCCAGCUGACUCCCAUCUCGCUCAGGUCUUCCUUGGCUGUUUGUCUCCAUGGGCUUUAUUUUCGUUCCUCGCCAGCAGCGUGGUGAGGCAUCGGUGACGUAUGCGCACUACGCCGCCACUAGACCAGCUGCUCUCCGCCUGCACUGAAAGCUGACCGGGUUUGAAUCGGAGAGCUUCCAGUGCACUUUCCACACUGCCGGCGAGCACGAAAAUGUCGCUGCGCUAGCUGAUUCUGUCAACACCUCCCCCUACUGCGCCACCACCUUGGUGCGCCUCAGUCCACGAAAAUACCAAACUGGCUGUGCACCGAGCCCCGCCAGACGAAAAUACCACUGCACGGGGACCGCCACCCUCUAAUGCACCGCCAGUGGGCACGAAAAUAGAGCCCCAUGUCUUCUUUGGCCUCCCUCUCCUUCUCUUUCCCCCCUCUGGCAUCCAGUCUAUUGCCACACUUGCCGGUCUCUCUUUUGGCAGUCGGAGUACACGUCUGGUCAUUCCCUUUCUACUGUCAGAGACGAUGUCUGCCCCCCUCCCCACUUGAUGCCGUGGUUUUCCCCGGUGACAGUUUUCCUCAUCACAAAGUCAAUGACUAAUAAAAAGUAAGGGUAACAGGAUGCAACCCUGUCCUACCCCGGUCACCAUGUCAAAGUCAUCGGUUGUGCCAUUGGUGGUUUUCGGCAAGUGGAGUUGUGAGAUAGGGCCCUGAAGAUUUGGACAUACUUGGAUGGUUUACCGUAUAGUUGGAGAAUAUGCCACAGUGAUUCCCGGUGGAUGCUGUCGAAAGCUUUCUUGAAAUUGAUGUAAUUGAUCAUGAGGGGUGUCCGGAAUUCUUGGCACUGUUCUAUGAUGUUUCGGAGAGUGAAGAUUUGUUCGGAGCUUAUAUAAACAUAAAUAUAGAUAAAGAGUACAGAAUAUAUAUAUAUCCAUUCAUCCAUUUUCUACCGCUUAUUCCUGUUCCUGGGGUCAUGGGGGGCUGGAGCCUAUCCCAGCAUCUUCGGGCAAAGGCAGGGGGACACCCUGGACAAGUCGCCAGUUCAUCACAGGGCUGACAUAUAGAGACGAACAACCAUCCACGCUCACAUUUAUACCUACGCGCAAUUUGACAGUGGCCAGUUAACCUAACCCCACUCCUGCAUGUUUUUCGGAUGUGGGAGGAAAUCGGAGUAAGCAGACACAGGGAGAAUAUGCAAACUCCACACAGAAACGCCCUGACCUGGAUUUGAACCCAGGUCCUUCUUGCUGUGAGGCAACAGCGCUAACCAUUACACCACUGUGUUCAUGUCAUUUUGGGAAAUUCAGCUUCAGCUGAUUCAGUCGCCCACAAAUCCAAAAAAAUGCGGAACAGAUAUCUGCAGACUCAUCUGUAAGCAUUCAGAUCAGACCUGGAUACGUCAGCACUCCCCCUGGUGUUGACUCGGUGGUCCUACAGGCAGAUAUGAGCUGAUGGUUUGAUUUCAUUUUCGAGAGUGUAUUUCACAAUAUUGACAACUUUAUGAAGAAUCUGUAGGAGGUUUCCCUCACUCUGGUCCUGGUUUUGUUAACACCUCUUCACCCUCAGACUGUAUUCGACUUUUUUCAACAGCCAGACUGGAAGAACUAGAACUAGAAGACGCGAACAUGAGGAUCCAACAUUUCACCACACAUCUUAGUAAUCUCCUUGUUCCUUGUUUUAUUUAGCCGUGUUUCAAAGAAAUGCUCCCACACAGUGACAGUGUGGCUAAUAUGUGAGUUUGAUGAGUCAUACCAUGCACUAGUCGGAUCCUACCAUUUCAAAGGAACUUGUGAUUGGUCAAUCAGAUGAUCCAAUCCUGGUAUAAAACCUCGAUAUGUGCAGAGUGAUGAAGAAAACGCCUCAACACUAAGAGAAGGAAACAAGAAGGAGGCUUAAAUUCAUAAAUCAGCUCCUCAGAGGGUAAGAGAGUCAUUAUGAACAUUCAUGAAAUCUUGACUUUUAAUGAGCAUUAAGAGGAAAUUCACAUUUUUUAACAGGCUAUGAAUUCUGUAAAAACUUUCACUUUCUUUAAAAUCACUUUUACAUUUAUCUACUUUUGUUAUAUAGUUAAAUAUUUAUCUUAAAUAGACAGUACUGUUCAAUGUGUAUAAGUGUGAGCUUUUAAUAACAUGUUCCUCUUUGUCCUCCGUGUCUCAGAACGAGGUGGGAUCAGGUCUCUGUGACUGAGAUGGAUCCGUUCCAGGCCAAAUGGACCCUUUGUGAGUAGUUCUGGGCAGAUUCACUAUCAGAGACUUUAAAGUCAACUUUCAAAGGACUUCCUGAUGCCUUAGCUUUCCACUGAACCAGAUCUUGUUCUGGUUUUUAUCAUGCAAUCUGCACUGAUACUAAUCAAAUACCAGAGGGUGUUGAAUCUAAAUUUUUUCCUCUGUGGUUUUUGUCAUGAAUCAGAUAAAUAAUCAUACAGUGUGAAUUUCUUGCUUUGGUGUGUCUAUUUUAAGUCGUGCUCAGCGCACUGCUGCUUGCUCCGCCCCUCAGCCAUGCUUCUGAGUAUGACCUGAAGAAAAGUCUGGCUGAGUGUCUACAAGACAAAGACUAUGAGCAGCUGCUGCAGACGGUUAAGACCGGCCUCCCACCCAUCAGCAAGUCAAAUCAUGUCGUUAUUGUCGGCGCUGGGAUCGCAGGACUGACUGCUGCAAAGCUGCUGCAAGAUUCAGGACACAAGGUACGACUUCCGUUAGAGUCCCGAAAGACAGCUGUGUUUGAUCAGUAUCUAAUAAUUAUAUAUUUCCUGUCCUCUGUAAUCAAUUCAGAACUUUAAAACAUAUUAUGUUUAUUUAUUCAAGGUAACCAUUUUAGAGGCGAGCGGUCGUGUUGGAGGAAGAAUAGAGACGCACCGUAACCUAAAGGAGGGCUGGUAUGUUGAAUUUGGAGCCAUGCGGAUCCCGAGUUUUCACAAGUGAGUUUAAUGAAUAUUUUAAUUAAGCUCUAUAAUAGAUCGGACUCAAAGACGUUUUUAAUUCAAGAAUUAAACUUACCUUAAAGGUCCCACAUAAUGAUAUGUAUAUUUUUUAACUGUUUUCUUACAUAUCCGAGUAGUUUUUGGGUUUAAUAGCAAACAUUUCCAAACCUUACCCCCAAUUUCCACCGCAUCCGGAACUGCUACGAAAAGGCCGUAUCCGCCGAUCGCAGUGUCAAUUUCCACCGACUUCUUUCCGUUCCUCUGAGGAUCGAUGGACUCCGCAGCUGAUUUCACAAGUUCUAUUUUUCCGGAUGCCAGAGCAUGGCGGAUAAAUUCAGCACAGAUUAACCCGUGCUGGAAAGGAAGUCGGGCACAGACACAAAAUAAAACAUCCGGCUUCUUUUCAAAAUAAAACACUCCGUGUUUCAGGAGGAUCGUAUUUCACACCAUGCAAACAGGCGGAGACGAACAAGUGAAAGGUUUUUAGACGUCAUUUCACCCCGAUGACACCAUGGAUGAGGAGAUGCUGAUUCUAGAAGUCUAGAAGUAGAUUUCGGUGGAGAAUGGGGGUUAUUGUCCACACAGUCAUCUGAGUCAGCAGGGAUGCCAUGAUGCCUGAAUGUUGUCCAAAGGUCGGACAAAUCAGAACCAGAUAAACGCCAAAUAAAAAAAAUGGUGAGCGCUUCAGGAGAACCUGAAUCAGUACAAAGCCAAGUCUGCAGUCAUUGGGGUAAAAUUACUUAUGGGAAUGGGAGUGGGUUUGAGAACAAGGCCAUGAAAGUUGGACCUGUUAGUACAAGAGCAAAUUCAAACCACUUGGUAGAAACUCAUUUUUACUUCUAACUGCUCAGUGCUAACAAAAGUAUUCAUGUAAUGGCAAAAAAACAUUAUUUUCAUCACAUUGGACCUUUAAGAACCACAAAACACCACCGCAGAUCAUUCCAGUACCUUCCUGUUGUUGCUGAGGUCAGCAGAAGUAAAAAACUUUCAUUGUCUUGUCUGCUUUUGAUUUCAAAAUUAAAACACACAAUCCCCAUGACUCAUGUCUGAAAUCUUUCCCCUAUGACAUUCCUUCCUGUUUCAACAGAAUCGUGCGUCAGUUCGUCAAACAGCUCGGGGUCAAGUUAAAUGACUUCAUCAUGUACGAUAGAAACACCUUUUACCUCAUUAACGGGAGGCUUGAUAAAACCUACGUAGUGACGGACAACCCGGAUGUCCUGGGGUACCAGGUGCGAGAAUGCGAGAAAGGGAAGUCAGCCGACGAGUUGCUCCAGCAAGCUCUGCAGAAGGUGUGUCCAACAGAGAAGAAAUACUCUUUAACUCAAGUUCUUACCUGUUCUCUUGUUCUUUAAAAGUAAUCGGUACAAGAUCUCUCAGACAUUAGUAUUUGACUCUUUUGUAAAGCAGACUAUCAUCCGCAUAGAGUGAAAGGUUCCAUGUUGGUUUACCUCUCCGUGAGCAGAUUUCUGGGCCUUCUAGUCCACCAAGAGUCAAGACUUUUGAUGGUCUGAUGGUUAGUUUAUGUAGUUGUCAGCUAUUUGAAGUAACGCAGUAGUUCACAUGUGGGAUACUUUGUUAUUGAACAUGAAAAAUACCUGGAUACACAGCUCGUUACCCCAAAUAGAAAGGUAGUCACAGUCCAAACUCUGGAAAUACUUUGUUUAUUACAAAGAAAGUGUCCUUACCAUUUUUCUCUUUUCUUCUCCAGGUGAAAGAUGAAGUCGAAGCUCAUGGGUGCAGAGCUGCGCUGAAGAAAUAUGACAAGUAUUCUGUCAAGGUAAAACCAGUUCAUCUGUACAUGAGAAAUCUGUGGAAGUAUUGAAGUAGAAAUACACAUAGGACAAGAAAACAUAUCCAGAAGUCAUCUAUGUUACCCCCAAUUUUCACCCCAUCCGAAACGGCUCCGUUACGUAACGGCAGAGAUCCGCCAAUUCCUACCAGAUUCAAUUGUGACGCAAAUUUCGAGGCGGGUUACGGACAGCAGGAAUCGCAAGAACUCACAAGAACCCAUGGAUUCCCGUUCAAUCUCACGAUAACGAGUUGUCUCUAUAAAGACAGACACAUAGACAUGUAAGCAGGAGAUUGUGUCCUUCCAGAGGAGGAAAUCUACUUGCAGUGGAACAGAAAGAAGCUGGUGGGAAUUGACGUAUUAACUUGAACGGUUACGAUCAGCCGCGAUUCGUUGCCAUUCCGGGUGCGGUGGAAAAUGGGGGUAAUUAAACCAGAGGGUGACACAGACGGUGAUUUAUGUUUGAGCUUCUUUCCUCAGACUGUCUUGUUUGAUCGGCAGGAGUACCUGAAAGAAGAAGGAGAUCUGAGUGACGAGGCGAUCAGAAUGAUCGGAGACCUUCUGAACGAGCAGAGCCUCAUGUUCACAGCUCUCAGUGAGAUGGUCUAUGACCAGACCGACAUCAGCGACAAAACCACGUAAGACCUCCAUCACAUUCUCAAUGAGGACGGUUUUUAUUACUGACUCACACGACAAAACACAAGGUCCAGUAAACUGAAGUACAUCUAUAUGCAGAUGACACAAUUUUAAGCAUUCGUUGAAUCCAGUGGACCUCCAGCUCGGCUUACCAUGAACGUCAAACAGAUGACAGCUGAUUACACUUUGAAUUUCUUCACUUUCAGGUACUCUGAAGUGACCGGUGGGACUGAACUCCUGACCAAGGCUUUUCUGCCCGUCCUCCCGAAUGUCGAUAUUCUUCUCAACGCCCCAGUGAAGCUCAUCAGUCGCUCAAACAGAGGAGUAACCGUGUCCUACCAAGCAGAAGGUGACUCUGGUUUGACUGAGGUUAACGCUGACUUCGCCCUAGUGACCACUACAGCUAAAGCGGCCCUUUACAUCGACUUUGUUCCAAAUCUAUCGAUCCAGAAAAUGACUGCACUUCGGUCGGUUCACUACGACAGCUCUACUAAAGUCGUCCUCACCUUCAGUCGGAGGUUCUGGGAGGACGAUGGCAUCCGUGGAGGAAAGAGCAUCACGGAUGGGCCUUCUCGAUUCAUCUACUACCCCAGUCACGGUUUCCAAAACCAGACUAUCGGAGUCCUCCUGGCUUCCUACACCUGGUCUGAUGACUCCCUCCUCUUCUUGGGUGCAAAGGAUGAAGACCUGAAAGAUCUGGUCCUGAGAGACUUGGAGAAGAUCCACGGCAAGCAUGUCAGGUCUCUGUGCACAGGGGUGUUGGUGAAAAGAUGGAGUUCAGAUCCUUACAGCUUUGGCGCCUACGCUCUCUUCACCCCCUACCAGCACUUGGAGUACGCCAGAGAGCUCUUCAGAAGUGAAGGCAGGAUCCACUUCGCUGGAGAACACACGGCCUUUCCUCACGCCUGGAUCGAGACGUCCAUGAAGUCCGCUAUCAGGGCGGCUCAGAACAUCACCAAUGCGGUACUCUUGGAACCAGAUAUGGGUCAAGUCCGAGAAGAGCUGUAGGGUCUGGAGAUUCGUCUCACUUAUUGGUAUUUUUUGGCACUUUUUUGCCAAGGAAACUGAUUUCCUCUUUUAAUGGUUCUGUAAUCAAAUGUGAGGUGAUAUAACUUUCAUUUUCUGUUGUUCUGCACAUUAACAAGAUUUUCUUAAAAACUCAAACUCUUGAAGUUCCACUGAACUUUUCUACCUUACUCCUUGCCUUAAUAAUAGCUCAGUUAAAUUAUGGGUAAAAUGUUGUUUCCUGUGUUACUGUGCUCUAAUUCAUUAUAAUCACCGGGAAAGGAACAGAAAACAUUUUAAAACUCACCUGUUAUAUCUACAAAACUGAAGAUUUAUUCAUACCACUAAUUUUGGGAAUGGUUCAAGGAGUUGUUGGUGAUGGGGGGUGGGAUUUUAUUUUUCUUGUAGUUCAUCAGUGUGUUUUACGUCCAGUUUUCAGUGUCUGUUAUUUCUUAAGAGAAACUGUUAAUAAAAAAAUCAGUGGAGUGGACUUAAUUCUAAUUACAUGGUGGUUUUUGUGAUUUCAGUCCAGUUCCCAGGCCUUGAGAGACAGCUUGGACUAUUACAAGGAGCUGGGUUCUCACCUUCCUUAUGGGUUAAAGUACCAAAUCCAGUCUUAACUCAUUUGGUGCCAGGUUAAUUUAUGCAAUUUUUACCCAGUGCCACCAUUGACUGCACUAGACAGAAUAUCUUGUGCUCAGACUAGAAUUAAGUGCGAUAUCUCAAAAGAAAUAGGUGACUCUCUUCGUUCACCAGUAAAACAAGUUCGUCUCUAACCCACUCCUGUGUUUAGUCAUUGCCUGCUCAAUGCAGUGUGGUCAUAUCUAGAUAAAGAAACCUGGAAAAACACAUUUUCACGAAGGAGAAGCCGAACUCUGAUCGUCUGUUUCAUUUCACUUCAAACUGUUUUACCGGCGGUAUCAAGGUCCUCCCUCCUCGGACACCACUCAGAUCCAAUUGUGAUAGGUCACUUUGUGACUGCUGGGAGUCGUAUUGGGUCUCAAGAACUGGACGCUGCAAUGUAAACCCCACGGAAUGCUCGCGUCCUCCUUGCCGGGACUGUUGCUGAAUUUCGGCUCAUUCCUCACCCACCAGUACCGGCACCAGCGGCACAAUGACAUGCCUUAAAAUUGUUUCUUUGAUUGUCUGGUGAAGAUGUGAAGAUCCGGUACUGGGAUUUCCACUGGAUCGAGAGUCGGUAGCACCACACCCAUGGGAGCUGAUGCGCCGAGACCGUUAGCUCUUGGCUAAUGACUUCGGCAUUUUCCUACUCUCCACAUAAAAAAAAAAAACAUUCCACAACUAGGAUAAAUAGCACACUUUUCACUGGCCAGUACUUGUUUUUGUUAUUGUAACAUGGUUAUGACGUAUUUGUCGGCUUUUCUACAUUCAGAACGGCCUCAAACUUAGUUGAAUGUUGAGGAAGGAGCGCCCUCUGGCGGAAAACAAAAAAACUGAAAAAUCCGUCCAAAUCCAUCAUUGGCACUGAAUAACUUUUUAAAACUGUUUUCAACUAAAGUACAGAAAGUAUUGAGUUGUAAUAUUUUGAAAUAUCACAAAUAUAUAAAUCUAAAGUUAAAUGAUAUUCCCACGACCCCAUUUAACCAUGAUGGUUAGUCGGUGUGUCUCAGUUCAGCCCACAGAGCUGUGGAAAAGUAGAGCUGCAUCAACAGAAGAGUUAACCCACACAGGAAGAAGAGACCCUUCUCACCUCCACCUCAGUUCAUGUUCACACAGUCAACAUGGAGGUCACCACCAGUCUCUGCGUCAGGCUGUGUGAGUCUGUCUUUGUUCGACCUUAAAUACUUUUACUCUUUUUUUAAGAGGAAACUUUCUGUUCAACAUUUUAGGACUUUAGAAACUGAAAAGUUUCAGUUAUUCUCUCUGACGGUUCAGGUCUGAGGUCUAAGAAACAAACUCUGUCAGUUUGAUAAAUAUGACGACAGUUUCCCCUUUUUGUCUUUCCAGUGAUCGGUGUUUUAUUCCUGCUGUGUGAACACAUUCAGAGAGUUGGUGAGUACACGUUUGUUUCUCAUUUCUGAAGUUUGGAGCUGUAAACCGACUGUGUCUCUCUUUCUUCUUCCUCUUCUUUCAGAUUCAGUGUUUCUCCGAGUCGAACCAAACAAGAUGCAGUUCUUUAAAUACGAGCCUGUGACCUUUCACUGCGAGGACAAAUUCAACUCCACUGGAUUACAAAUCACCCGUCGCUCUAAAAAGGUUUUACCUUUAUGCGACAUCAAAACUACAGAGAAAUCUAGAGUGCUAACCUGCAAUGUUUCUGGUCUUUACCAAGAGGACAGUGGAGCGUACUGGUGUGAGUCUGUGGGAGGGAAGAUGAGCAACAUCAUUUAUAUCAGCGUUACCAGUAAGUUUACAACAAGUCAGUAUUUCUGCAGUAAUUUACUGUAUUUAAAGUUAAAACUGUCUCCAACAGACAAACCCGUGAACCUGGAGAGUCCUGUCCUUCCUGUCCUGGAGGGAGACUCUGUGACUCUACGCUGCAGAACUAAGAACCAGACUGACCGCUCGGCUGAUUUUUAUAAAGAUGGCCGUCGCGUCUGGAGCAGCUCCACAGGAGAGAUGACCAUCAGCCAUGUUUCCAUGAAGGAUGAGGGACUCUACAAGUGUGACAUCUCUGAGGUCGGGGAGUCAUCUGAGAGCUGGUUGGCCGUCAAAGGUGAGACUUACCGAAGUUCAAGAUACUUAAUAGUGAGUUAAAUGAGAGUUAACGUUUUCUACUUUCUCGGUAAAGUUUAUAAUCCCUUGGUGAUCUUUUUAUGGAAUGAUAAAUCAUCUGCUUCUUUAUAGUGAAUGAGAUACUGUUUACUUAGUCUACAUGGUUGUCCGUUGUUGGUGUGUAAGUGCAAUGAAACUAAUGAGGAUCACUCCAGAAGUUAAUAUUGUGAAAAAAUAAACAUAUGUUGUUGUACAUAAACCUUCAAUAUGAUUUUUAGUUGAUUCAGUUUUAUGGUGAACCUUGACUUACAUCAUUAUAUCAUCUGCAUAUGUCUGAAUAUCAUCUGCUGUUAGAGGUGAAAAUGUCCAAAAUAAAAAACAACCUUCUGCUUCUCGCCUGUCCUCAGAUCGCCCGUCCUCAGAUCUUCUCUUCACCGCCUUCAGAAACAUCCUCCCCGUCGUCAUGAUGACUCUUCUUCUUCUGCUGCUUGGUUUCCUCUCCUGUGGGAAACUCAGAGGUAGACUGUAAGAAACCUUCGAUAUACGAGCGGAAAUGUCUGAAAAGAAAGAAUAAACUGGACUGAAAGGAAAAAUAUAGUCUGUUUGAUGGUGAAGUUUUGCAGUUAUCGUCUUUUUUUGUCUCAUAUUUUCUCAAAUAUAAUUACGUCAUAUCCGUGUUCAGUGUUAACAGUGUGAGCAAAUGAUGUAAAUGUGUUUUUGACUCUGCUGUGACAGAAUAAAGUCACAAUUGUGUUGUAUAUGAGUUUUAUGGUCUGGAGAUUUGUCAGGCCAAAAGUUUGGAGGCAAGAUCAGAUUUGUACAAACAAAGAUCAUAGUUUCAUAUAUAUAAUUUUCAACACAGUAAACAUGACUAUUGUGUAAAGAGUAACUUAUCAGAAGACAUUUUGACUAUAAUUAUUAGGUAUUUGAGUUAUUGUUGCUUAGACUUUGCUUUCUUUAAAGUAACCUCCUCUGGCUUUAACAACAGCUCGGCAUAUACCAGGCAUUCGCUCCACAAGUUUUCUAAGGUCUGUUCCAGGGAUUACAUUCAAGCUUUCUUAAGUUCAUUACAAAGAGACGCUGAUUCGUGGGACGCGUUUUUCUGACCGAUCGAUCCAAUUCAUCCCGCACAAGCUCAAUUGGAGAAAGGUCUGGAGACUGAGGGGGCCAAACCAUCUUUUGAAGAACACCUUCCUCUUCUCUUUUGUCUCGGUAACCCUGACAGAGCUCGGCAGAGUGCUUAGGGUCAUUGUCUUACUGCAAAACAAACUUAUGAGCCACAAGUCUGAGUCCAGAUGGAGCAGCAUGGUGCUGGAGGAUGGAGUGGUACUGUUCCUUCUUCAUGAUACCCUUUACUUCAAACAAAGCUUCUACCCUAUCACCUACAAAACAUCCCCAUACCAUGGAACUACCACCUCCAUGCUGAAUUGUGGGUGUAACACAUGGAGCUUUCAGACGUUCACCAGUUUGUCUGCGGACAUAGACUCUGAGUUUGGAACCAAACAGUUCAAACUUGUUUCUAUCAUUAUUCGUCCAGUUUUUGUGAGCUUUUGCCCACUCAUAUCUCUUUUUCUUCUUCUGUGGAUGAAGUCGUGUUUUUUUGCAGAUACACAACCCUUCAGACCAGCCUUUCUCAAACGUCACGGUUGUCAGAGAUAUGGGUUUCGACCUUGUCAUGUUGAUUUCCUCCCUUAUUUGUGGUGCUGUCUUUCUCCGAUCUCUCUUACUGGUGACAAUGCUCUGUUUGUCCUCUGCUUUUGUAGUCACUCUCUUUCGUCCAGGUCUUUUUCUAUCAUCAUAACUUCCAGGUUCCUCUCGUCUCUUCAGAGUGUAGUGGACUCCUUUGUUAAACACCUUUAGGCCUUUUUCUCUUUCUGUGUUUCCUUCUUUCCUCGAUGUACAAAUCUGUACUUUUGUUUCUUUACUCAGUUGCUUCUUUCUGGUCAUUUUUGCUGUAGUUUGAACACAGUUGAGAUUUAUUAGGAUUUUUGUCUGCAGACUCUCAGAAGCCUAAAACUAAGCCCUAAACAAUCUCAGAAAUAACUUUUUAAAACUGUUUUCAACUGAAGUGCAGAAAAUAUUUAGUUGUAAUAUUUUGAAUUACCACAAAUAUAAAAUCUAAAGUUAAAUGAUAUUCCCACGGCCCCAUUUAACCACGAUGGUUAGUCGGUGUGUCUCAGUUCAGCCUACAGAGCUGUGGAAAAAUAGAGCUGCAUCAACAGAAGAGUUAACCCACACAGGAAGAAGAGACCCUUCACACCUCCACCUCAGUUCAUGUUCACACAGUCAACAUGGAGGACACCACCAGUCUCUGCGUCAGGCUGUGUGAGUCUGUCUUUGUUCGACCUUAAAUACUUUUACUCUUUUUUUAAGAGGAAACUUUCUGUUCAACAUUUUAGGACUUUAGAAACUGAAAAGUUUCAGUUAUUCUCUCUGACGGUUCAGGUCUGAGGUCUGAAAAACAAACUCUGUCAGUUCCAUAAAGAUGAAGACGGAUUUGAUUUUUGUCUUUCCAGUGAUCGGUGUUUUAUUCCUGCUGUGUGAACACAUUCAGAGAGUUGGUGAGUACACGUUUGUUUCUCAUUUCUGAAGUUUGGAGCUGUAAACCGACUGUGUGUCUCUUUCUUCUUCUUCCUCUUCUUUUAGAUUCAGUGUUUCUCCGAGUCGAACCAAACAAGAUGCAGUUCUUUGAAUACGAGCCUGUGACCUUUCACUGCGAGGACAAAUUCAACUCCACUGGAUUACAAAUCACCCGUCGCUCUAAAAAGGUUUUACCUUUAUGCGACAUCAAAACUACAGAGAAAUCUAGAGUGCUAACCUGCAAUGUUUCUGGUCUUUACCAAGAGGACAGUGGAGCGUACUGGUGUGAGUCUGUGGAAGGGAAGAUGAGCAACAUCAUUUAUAUCAGCGUUACCAGUAAGUUUACAACAAGUCAGUAUUUCUGCAGUAAUUUACUGUAUUUAAAGUUAAAACUGUCUCCAACAGACAAACCCGUGAACCUGGAGAGUCCUGUCCUUCCUGUCCUGGAGGGAGACUCUGUGACUCUACGCUGCAGAACUAAGAACCAGACUGACCGCUCGGCUGAUUUUUAUAAAGAUGGCCGUCGCGUCUGGAGCAGCUCCACAGGAGAGAUGACCAUCAGCCAUGUUUCCAUGAAGGAUGAGGGACUCUACAAGUGUGACAUCUCUGAGGUCGGGGAGUCAUUUGAGAGCUGGUUGGCCGUCAAAGGUGAGACAUACCGAAGUUCAAGAUACUUUAUCAUAAUCUCACAGAUUUCUGAAGAUCCACAGUUUCUCUUGUCGUCAUUAAACAUAAAAAGUAAAGUUAGAUAUUCUUCAGCGUAUGAUUUAAGGUGUAGAAGAGUUUGAAUUGAACUUUUAAAAAGUUAAAAGUUUGAUUCUGAUUUUACUCGUCAAACUUCAGUCUUUGCCGAAUAUCUCAGAGCUCGGACUUCCAUGUAUAGUAAGUAUUUAAACUUCAUGAAAAUACAUCAUUAUUACUGUUGUUACAGAAAAUAACACACGAUUACUUUGAGUUUUCUGUCAAAUAUAGUCACCACCACCUACAUCGUUAUAUCAUCUGCAUACGUCUGAAUAUCAUCUGCUGUUAGAGGUGAAAAUGUCCAAAAUAAAAAACAACCUUCUCUGUAAAAUAAUAAUAAUAUAAUAUUAAUUUCUGCUGUUGUUGAAGAAAAUAAUGUAAUCACAUGAUUAGUAUGAGUUUUUUUUUUUUUUUUACAAAUUUAGAUGCUUUAAUAAUUGACAGAGCUUGUCACCACCUUUUCUAUAUAUAUAUAUAUAUAUAUAUAUAUAUAUAUAUAUAUAUAUAUAUAUAUAUAUAUAUAUAUAUAUAUAUAUAUAUAUAUAUAUAUAUAUAUAUAUAUAUAUAUAUAUAUAUAUAUAUAUAUAUUUUUAAUAUUUUUUUUUUUUUUUUUUUUGCAUGUAUGAUUGAUACUUUCUGUAUGAUCAUAUAUUUAUUAUUGUAAAAAUAAAAGAAAGUAAAAACAUUUUGGUGCUGCUGCUGAUGUCGGCCCAUAAAUUUUGAGAAUAAAAUCCAUAUGUGGCCUCCUGAACAUCAUUCAUCAGUCAUUCAUUGGUAUUAUCUAUGUUCUUACCUAAGCUGCCCCCUUAGAUGUGUAAAGACAUGUCAGGUGCAUUAAAUUUAUACUGUAGUAGGCGUGUGAAUGAUCAACAAUCAAUAUAUUGGCAGAAAUAGAGGGCCUAGAAAUCAAAUCUUGCCCAGGGCCCCAUCGAGGCUCUGGCCGUCUCUGCUUCUCUAUCAACUACAAUCAUUUCUGCUGUUGUUUCAGAAAAACAUGCGCCGACAGGACGGUCAGAUUCUGGGCUGUGGACGGUUAUCGGUGUUUUGCUGACUCUGCUCGUUCUGGUUGGACUACUUCACUUUGGCAGAUACUGUUGGCACAGAGGUACAGUCACAGUUCACUGACAGCUUUGACUCUGCAGGUAUUUGCUACUGUUGGUGUGUCGCAAUUCACAUGAACUAAGCGAGUCAAUCAAUAGAUGUUUGUGUGAUUAGAGGUCAGUGCCGUCACGUCCUGGAGGCGCACAGUCGGCGGUUGACAUGUUUCUUGUAUCUUUCUUUAAAACCGUCGUUUUAUCUUCCAUGUUUCUGACUUAUUCUGUUUUUGUUUUCCUUCAGUGUUGAUCCACCGGAUUACACCUCCACUCCGCUCUCCUGAGAAUCAAACAGGUAUCAUCAGUUUACUACUAUCAAACAGGUUCCAGUGAAAUCAUCAACUUGCCUUUUAUUAAUAAGUCGUGGGAUAAAUUUCCAAAACCCAGCCUCUGGAAUACAGCCCACACCGCCUUUUUUAAUUAAAAAUCAACAUUUGUUUCAUAAACUGACAGAGUUGGAAAGUCUUUAUGGAUUUCUUUUAGUCGACAGUCAACACUGACAUUAUUUUUGGGUUAUUUUAAGCUCCAAAUCUGUUUGAUAUUUAAUGAUGUUGUUGUAUUUUCAGUCCCGGAAGAGGCCGGCACAGCCAACGCAGACAAACCACAGUAUGCUGCAGUUGCUAAAAACAGGCCAAGAAAAGGUAUUUCAGUAGACAUUUAAGUUUUUUUUUUUUUCAAUUAAAGAACUCUGAUCCUUUAAUAUUUUACCCUUCUUUUACAAUGAUACUUAAUAAGUCAGAAAAAGUCAGAAAACACCCGUUAAUCAUUCCACAAAUAACAAAAAUCAAGAACCUCAAAAUUACAUAUUUAAGAUACGGUCAAAUGUUGUUUCUUUUUACAUCAAACUGGAGUUGACAUUAUUUGCAUAUUCUCAGACAUGAAAAAGGUUAAAUAAAAAGUGUUCACAGGAGAAAAAAAAACGUGCAAACAAGAAAAUGAGUUUGUUUGAUGCAUUUAACAGAAAUGAAGAGUUGGGUGUCAUCUGCAUAAUGAGGGAUCAUCAUUUAAACUUUUGUAAAAUAGACACAAAAGAAGUGAGUUGGAACGCAACAGGAUCCAGGGUUGCCGGUGUACGAUAAUUAUCGUAUUUGUACGAUCAAUAACUCAGAAAAAAGGCUAAAUGUACGAUAAUUUGAGUCUGUCAGACACUUUUUUGUUGUUUUUAUAUUUGCGAACCCUGAAGGCAUCUUUUACCACGUGACGUUUCCAUCCAGUCGUAGUUUGAGCGACGUUUGUCUCCGAAUAACGAGCUUGAUUAACCAUGCUCAGCUGGGGAAAAAUGGUGGCCACUGAAGAGGACGGUGUUUAACGCGAAGUUGAUUUUUGUGCCUAAAAUAGAUUUCACUAAGUCAUAUCACUCUUCAUUUCCUCGUCAGUUAUUAUAAAUACUGUUUCAAAAAAGUAGGUGACCUCAAGGUCUCAUAAUUUGGCUCAUUAGUUCCCACCUGUCAUUUGUUUAACGGGAACGCAUUAGUGUAACACAGCUGAGUCGGAGCUGCUGACCACAAAUGACCACGAAACUGUCGCCACAAAAUCGCGAGUGUCUGUACGACGUUAACAGAGCGACUAUAUGUGAAUAUCAUAGAACAGUAAGAUUGUUAUUUUGAUUACGACGGGUGUACGAUAAUAUUCCCCAAAAUACGAUAAUUUUGAGUCUCCCAUCUGGCAACACUGACAGGAUCUAAACUGGUGCUUUUGGAAACUCCAGAGGACAGAGAAGUACAAAAUAACAAAGGCUGAAAAAGCGAAGUUUAGUGCUGACGUCAAGAUCGAGUGUCAAAUUCCAAAUCUGAUAAAAACGAGAACGAUAGUGAUGUUUUAUUUAAAGUGGCGAACCCUUCAUGUUCUGAUAGAUGAGGCUGAAUCUGAAUGUCUUUACGACAGUUUGGACGACUCUGCUGAUGCUCAACGACUGGGUGAGAUUUACUACGAUUGAAAAAACGAUUAAAAAGUUUACAGUUUUAAAUAAACGUAUUCUUGAUUAUUUGACUGAAUCUAUUUUCAAACACAGAGACAGAAGUUUCUAACAUCACAUCAACUGGUACCAACCAACCUCUAACGCAGGAUUCCUUCUAUUCUGUCAUCCAGGAGGUGAGACUGAUGCGAAAACCAGAAUCAGACACUUUUAGAGUUUUUGGACUCAUACGAAAACUGUGUUAUCUUUAGAUGUAGCAUCGGCGGCAAAGUCGAGUUUUGAGACCUAGCGGUCGUGGCCACCAUAUCGAUAACGCCGACUCAACCUAACUUUUGGUUCGGUUGACCUUCAAGUCGACUAGUAAAUGGCUACACUGCUUUUUAAAACCUGUUUAUUUGUGCUCUGAAAACAAACGUAGAAGUGUUAGCGUUUCUACGGUAUGUGGUUACACAGGCAGCCUCGAGUGGACACUCCUGGAACUGCAGCAUUUAGCACUUUGACAUUGGCUCUGUUUUUAUUUGUGUUGAUUUUGGCGCCACCAAGCUGCUUUAGACUUUAAAAAAUGACAAGAGAGUCUGUUUGCCUCGUUACCGAUGGUCUUAUUUGCUAUUAAGGGUUAAAAAGAGAGACGUCAGUUUCAGUUUCAUUGUUUAUUUCUUGCGGUUUAAAAACCUCUCAUAGUGCCUCUCACUGAGCAUACUCUUUUUGUUUUUUUGUCUCCGUGUCUUGCAGGUUGGACAGUGACCGCUGACUGAGUUCCACUUUCACACAGUUUAUAUAAACGAUCAAAAUACUAUUCAGUUUGUUCGUGUUUACUGGAUUAAAACAUGAAAGAAUUCUUAGACUGAAUAAAUAUAAUUUUGGAGAGAGUUUCUGAGUCCUCCACUCCACUCGGCUGUUUGCCUCGUGUCUAUUUCUGGAUUCCUGUCUGUCUUACAGUCUAACCAGUGAAACUAACUUGUUCCAUCUGUCGGUUUUCAUUCACAUGAGCGAGAGCAGAGUUCACAGACACGGAGCUGCAGCAGCCUUUAAUACACUCGACGUGGUCAACCGCCACCUUAAAGGAGUGAUGAACCCAGAAUAUGACAAACAAAGAAACGAUCAUGUGAACCUUGUACAGGUCUGAGAGAUUUACAGGUGACAGGUUAUACUUUAACUUUCCAGGUGCUCUUUGUUCUUUAAUGAGUACCAACACUUUUUUUCUCAGGGUGUUUUUCUUCAGUGUGUGCGACGACUAAAGAAGUAUUCAACAUUUUAAUUUAGGCAUUUAAAAGGAUGACAUCGGCCGAAACAGUCGCACAAACAUCUAAAUAUACCAGAAAAAAAGUGUAGACUCACCUGAGAGAAGUUUCAAUUAAAGGCAAAAUUAAAAUAACACCACCUGGUGACGAUUCCGUCAACUGACAGGCAGGUGUCAGUUAGUGCUGUGACUAUUCAACAGUUCUUUGUGCGACUAUUUAACGGAUCAGUUUAACUCUACAACAGUUCUGGGUGAGUGUACAAAUAUUCUCAGUAACAAAACAACAGUUCUGAGUAACAGUUCUGAGAAUGUCUUUUUAACAGUUAUGAAAGACUUGACAAAUAUUCUGAGUAACUUAACAACAGUUCUGAGUAUUUCUACAAAAGUUCUGCGUUCCUGUUCAACCUCUUUGAGUCACUUUGCAACAGUUCUGGGUGUGUCUUUACGACCGUUUUGAGUGUCUGUUUACAGUCUGUCACCGACACCACGAAGCGUUGAGAGAGUCUUUGUCUGUUUGCAGAGCAGAAUUGGUUUAGGCGUCACACCCACAUCUGGAGAUGCCAAGCAUGAAUUUUCAAAAACGCUGCCAACAGUCCAAACAAUUUCUUAAUGAAGUUUUUACCCACAUCUUUUUGGCAUGGUAUGUGGUAACUCACGCCCCCUUGAAUAUGUUGAUCUUUACAAGUCCUGGCAUGGCACCGACUGUACCUGACUUCCUGUUCAGGAGAAUUUUAAAACAAUAAGUGAGGUGAUCGAGUAUUGCUAUAAAAACCCACAACAGGUUCACAGGGAAAUAGUUCAACCCUUGGUGGCUGCAAGGUAAACAAGAAAGCCGAACCUUCAUCUGAGUCUGCUCUGGAAGCAGAUUCUGCAGCACAGGCCUCUGAAAAGGUAAGACAGCAUCUUUGUUACCGAGAAUAUUCAUCAGACUCUCUUUUUUUAGACAAUAAAAUAAAGAAAAUCAAAUACAGUUUUUUUCCAGUCUUGUCUUCAGAACAAGGGAAGGACAGUGAACAUGGAUCAGUUCAAGCAGAGAUGGACACUUGGUGAGUUUUUAAGCAAAAUUACCAUCAUGACAGUUUUUUAAUAUGCAUGCCUGUUAGAAAGAUCCUAUAUUUCCGUUUUCACCAUGACUUAUGGGUUGGUUUUGAAAGUGUCAUCGUCAGUAUUUGAUUUUCUGCUGGACGAGGCUGUGGUGAAGAUAAGAUAUUCCUUUAUGAGUUCCACGGAGGGAAAUUCCAAAAGUGGGCUCGAUCUCAAAGUACUAAGUGCAGGUUUUGAGUUCUCACUUCCUGAAUUUAGAGCCACCGUUCCAAGUCCUAGUUCUGCUUUUUGGCACGCAAUCUGCACUCAUACAGUAGGAGUUCCAGGAGUGAAGGGCCAAAUGAGUUCACAUUAAGUUCACAAAUGUUUGAUUUGGUUUUUAAAGGAAACUUAAGUGUGGGAAUGUCCUUCUUGUACUUUAAGAGGUCACUUUAAAACUGAUUUAUAACAUGAAUAAGAUCAAGUACAUUGUCCGUCACACACUAGAUCUCUUGACCUUAUUUAUUGAUCCAAAUGCACGGUCGAAAGCGUGUGGUACAAAGUGAAUCUGGGCGUACCGGACUACUUUUUCGUGUUAGAGUUAGACGGUUUGACAUGUCUGAAUAACUCAGGACAUGCCAGAGUACAAGACACUGUGCACUUUGCAGCUAAGCUGUUGUCGACUGACUUUUGCUCACUUGGCUUUAUUUUGUAGGAUAUUAUGUGUAUUAUAGAUUCCACCUAAGGAAAACCACGCAUAGAGUCUUGGGUUAAAGGGUUAUAAAACAUUUGCACACCUUUGCUGGUCUGUGUAAAAGCGUGUCAGAUUCUGCAAAGGUUGUCGAGAGAGGGGCUGUAGUUUUUGGGCUUCCAGGGCUGAGAUCAUGAGUGGGGAUAUAUCUAACGCCAUCCAUGCCAUCUCACUAAUGCGUGAGUAGUCUGCCGCACCUGACCCCGGAGUUGACAUUAGGUUACAGCUGGUCUGAGGCACAGACACUUCCUGCUGAAGAUUUUACAGGCUUAUUCAAGUUGGACGCACCCAAAGGCACAAACAAGGACCGCCCUUCUGAGGAAUCUCCUCAGAAGUCUGAUUGACAAAAGGUUUCCAAGUAAAGUGUGUUUUUUCACUUUGUGUGUGUGUGUGUGUGUGUGUGUGUGUGUGUGUGUGUGUGUGUGUGUGUGUGUGUGUGUGUGUGCAUUUCCAGUUGCUGUCACCAUGCUGCUGGUUACGCCGUUCCCCGGCCAUGUUACCGGGGAUGAGGAGGAGGAGUCGCCUCUACAGGAGUGUUUGAAAGACGCCGACUACGACGACAUGCUAGAGGUGGUCCAGCACGGCCUCACGCCCAUCAAGACUCCUAAUCAUGUCGUAAUUGUCGGAGCUGGAAUCGCAGGACUGACUGCUGCAAAGCUUCUGCGAGAUGCAGGACACCAGGUACUCCUGACGGGAUCAUGUGACUUUCAAAAGAUCGGACAAAAACCAAGUUAAAGGUCGAAUCACUGUACAGAGGUAGUAGAACCGGUUAUAAUACAUGGAGAGUUUAUCCCACUUUGUACAAACACAAAAUAAGUCCAACUGGCACUUUUGCAAAGUUCGGUACCUAAGUCGUCCACUUAAAGCCGUAACCCUUGGAACUCCCAGCUAUAUUUUGCUAUUUUGCGAGUAGUCAAAGCAGAACCAAAAGAACCAAUGUUCAUCUUUUCUUUGUUUUCUAGGUUACCAUUCUAGAGGCAGAUAAUCGUGUCGGGGGUCGAGUGGAAACUUACCGUGAUGAAGAGCAUGGCUGGUAUGUCGAAUAUGGUGCCAUGCGGAUCCCACUCUCCCACCGGUGAGUUCUUUGUGAUUUUUGUCUUUCUGAUCAUGUACACUGGACCUUACUAAUUUCUAUAAAUUAAAUCCAACCACCACUUCCUCUCUCGACAGAAUCCUCCGGAGGUUCAUCAACCAGUUAGGGGUCAAGUUAAAUGACUUCAUCAUGUACGAUCCUGAUGGCUUUUACCUGGUCAACGGGUUAAAGAAACCCGUUAGAGCCAGAGAGGUAAAGGCAAAACCAGAUAUUCUGGGAUACAAGGUGCAGGAAAAUGAGAGAGGGAUAACAGCUGGCAAGCUUUUUUCGAAAGCUCUGGAUAAGGUACGUACAACAAGAGAAAGGACUGAAUAAACCAGAAACACAAGAACAAGACUUUAGAUCAUUGUGUAGCAAGUUCUGUAACCCCCAAUUUUCACCGCAUCCGGCGAUUUUCACAGUCCGCCAAUUCCUUCCGGAUCCGUUUGUGAGGGGAAUUUUGUGACAUUACUGACUACUUACUGACAGCAGGAAUUGUGAGAAUUCACAGGAACCCAGAGAUUUGAGUGCAAUCGUGCGAUAACGAGUUCUUCUAGAAUCAGCAUCUCCUCAUCCAUGGUGUCAUCGGGGUAAAAAUGACGUCUAAAAAGGAAAAAUAGAACUCUUGCGAUCCGCAGCGGAACCGAAAGAAACCGGUGGAAGUUGACACGUUAACUUGAAUGAUUAUGAUCAGCUACGAUCGGAGGAUACGGCCUUUUCGUAGCCAUUCCGGAUGCGGUGGAAAUUGGGGGUAAGCGUGAUGGUGUUACUGACCAUGACAGGAAACAGUUUUUCUCUGAGUACCCCAAACAGACCUGGACUGGACUGUUUGGAGUCUACUGAUGAGGUAACCAUGGAAACCAAAAACUGACCUCAGUAACUUUUUCCUUUUUUUUCUUGGUAGGUGAGACAGGAAGUCAAAGCUCACGGUUGCAUAGCUGCCCUGAAAAGAUUUGACAAAUAUUCUGUCAAGGUAACGCGUCUUUAUUUCUGUUAACAUUUGGACCAAAACACUUUGAGUUUAUAUAAAUAUGAUUACAGCGUUUUUUGUUUGUUUUUUAUUAUCAGUCGUACCUAAAGGAGGUGGCAGAUCUGAGUGACGAGGCGAUCAGGAUGAUCGGAGACGUUCUUAACCAGCAGAGCCUCAUGUUCACGGCUCUGAUUGAGAUGGUCUACGAACAGUCUGACAUUGGCGACAACAUUACGUGAGACCCUCUUUUACAUCGAACCACUUUCCAAAAUAAGAACGACUUCAUAUUUUUUUAAUAUAGUUAAACCAGAAACCGACUUCACCUCGAUGCAGAUGAUACAAUCUUUAGUUCGUUUUAUUCUUCAUAGAAAGAGACUAUCUUCUGUUUUUGUAGGUACUCUGAAGUGACCGGUGGGACUGAACUUCUGACCAGAGCUUUUCAUGACUACCUCAAAAAAGUCGUCGUCCCUAUCCACCUCAGCUCCACGGUGAAGCUCAUCCGUCGGUCAGGUGAAGGUGUAAUCGUGGCUUACCAAAAGGACGACCGGACUGACCUUACAUCUGUUGCUGCUGACUUUGUCUUGGUGACUGCAACGGCCAGAGCGACUCGUUUCAUCGAUUUUGAUCCCCCUCUGUCUGUCAAAAAGAUGGACACCAUGAGGGGCGUCCACUACGAGAGCUCCACUAAAGUCGUCCUCAUCUGCAGUGAGAAGUUCUGGGAGAAGGACAGCAUCCGUGGAGGAAAGAGCAUCACUGAUGGGCCUUCUCGAUUCAUCUACUACCCCAGUCACAGUUUCCCAACAAAUAAGACCGUCGGAGUCCUCCUGGCUUCCUACACCUGGUCUGAUGACUCCCUCCUCUUCUUGGGUGCAAGUGAUGAAGACCUGAAAGAUCUGGUCCUGAAAGACUUGGAGAAGAUCCACCAGAGAGAUGUCAGCUCUCUGUGCACAGAGGUGAAGGUGAAAAGGUGGAGUUCGGAUCCUUACAGCUUGGGCGCCUUCGCUCUCUUCACCCCCUACCAGCACUUAGAGUACGCCAGAGAGCUCUUCAGAAGCGAAGGCAGGAUCCACUUCGCUGGAGAACACACGGCCUUUCCUCACGCCUGGAUCGAGACGUCCAUGAAGUCCGCUAUCAGGGCGGCUCAGAACAUCACCAACGCGGUACUCCUGGACUCGGAUAUGGGUCAAGUCCGACAAGAGCUGUAGGGUCCGCAGAUUUGAGUCCCAUGGUAUACAUAAAUCAUUCUGAAAUCCUGGUGUCUGACAGUUGCUUGAACAUUUACCACUUUAACUUUUACCUGAAUUUUAGUGAACAUAUAUAUAUUUUCUAAUGUACUUUUCAAAUCUACAUUCUCACUCUUCUGCUCAGUUUGUCCUUCCACAAUAGUUUGGGAAAAUUACGAAUUUGCUUCCUCUGUAGCUACUCGCUCGGGUUACAGUGUCCUGAUUUAAUUGCUAUAAUUAAUUGCUGCUCAAUGCUAUUUGACCAUUUCUUAAUUAUGGGAAGAAGGAAACUUUACUGUAUUUUUGAAUAAUAAUCCCUCGAUGUAUUUUCAGUGACUGUAAAAUGUGUUUUUAAGUGGGAAUAAAAGGACCUCUAUGUCUACAACUCGUCUUUGGAGCGUCUUAUUAUAAACCGUAGUUACUGACUGUUCAAUUCAACACUUAGACAUCCACAGUUUCAGAUGUACUUGUGUUUUUGUCAUGUUUUUUUGUGUGUAAUCAAUUUUUUGUCUUGUGUAUUUGUUGCGUAUUUGUUGUGUUUUUAUUGUUUUUUUGUCAUGUUUUUGUGUUGUGUAUUUGACGUAUUUCAACAAUGUUAUUGUUGUGUUUUGUUUUUUGUUUUCGUUAUGUUGUUUAGUUUUUGUCUUGUUUUGUUGUGUUUUUGUUCUUUUAUUGUCAAAUUUUUGUUGUGCUCUGUUGUGUUUUUGUUGUGUUUUUAUGGUGUUAUUGUUUUUUGUCAUGUUUUUGUUGUGUUUUUGUGAUGUGGUGUUGUGUUUUUAUUGUGUUUUUGUUGUUUUUGAUCAUUUUUGUUGUGUUUUAUAUGUUACUGUUGUGUUUUGUAAUGUUACUGUUGUGUUUUGUUGUGUUUUUUGUUGUUUUUGUCAUGUUUUAUGUUACUGUUGUGUUUUGGUGUGGUUUGUUCUGUUAUUGCUGUAUUGUUGUGUUUUGUUUUGUUUUGUUGUGUUUUAUCGUGUUUUGUGUUUUCUUAUUGUUGUGUUUUGUGGUUUUGUUUUGUUGUUUUUGUCUGUUAUAAUCGUGCUUUUGUUUGUUAUGUUUUUCUUGUGUUUAUGUCAUGUUUUGUCAUGUUUUUUGUGUUUUGUUGUGUUUCAUCAUGUUUUUGUCAUGUUUUGUUGUGUUUUUGUAGCGCUAUUGUCAUUUUUUGUGUUUUGUUGUGUUUUAAUCAUGCUUAUGUUUUGUUGGGUUGUGUUUUUGGUGUGUUUUUGUCGUGUUUUUGUUCUUAUUCUGUUCCAUCUGAAGUCCCAACCUUAGUUCUCUUAGUGUUUUCUCAUUAUUCUGAUAUUUGUACAGUUGAGCGUCAGAUAUGAGGAAGUGAGAGUGAGGAUCUCUGAACAGGUUGGUCAGCCUUUCCUCAUUUGACCUUUUUUUUAAUUCCUCAGACUUUAAUUUAAGACAUUUAAUUUGAGACCAAUUUAGAACCUGAUUUCAUGAGGUCUUAUUAUAUUCAGAUUUGUAAUCGUGAGUUAUUUCUGUCUUUUUUUAACCCUCUAGAGUCUGGAUUAACCUUUUCAAAAAGUUCUUGUCACUUUCGUUUUUAUUGCGGCUUUUUGUUAAACUUUAGGGAAACUCCACACGACAAGAUUUUUCUUUUUUCCACAGAUUUUUUUCUAGAUAUACACCUGGAACUUGCAGUUAAACAACGAAGAGGCCCACCCUGCGCUUUGCCCAAAUCCUCAGAUUCAGACCUCAUCAGGCAUAAAUCAACACUGCCCGGGCCAGGCGCCCUGCAGACUUUAGAUUCACACCCAGUCUUCAAAGAGAAACUCUGCCAGUUUUUUAAAACCACAACAACUACUGGCAUCAGCUCUCCUCCUCCACACCCAGUCUACAAAUAAACACUAGAAGAGGCCAAGACCGAUUCACUAAAAUACCUGAACCUAUUAGAAACCUUUAGCGUGACCAGUCAGACCUUAAUAAGAGUCUAACUUUGGGUGGAGGAGACAGACUUUAACGUUGCACAAUGUUGGACUUGCUGUCUUAUUGCGACCGUACAGGAACUCCAACGUGCCGCCUGAUGAUCGUGAGUCAUCAAAGUCCCUGAGAUCAUGGGACCCAGAUUGUAAGUGCGGGUCAAAAUGAAACUAAAGAUGAUUAAAGUGUGGUCAGGACGGUCAGGACGGUCAGAUGAGAAAAGAAAAUCCCUGCACUCAUGAUAAAGAAGCUAUAAAAGGCUCUCAUUUCCUUUCUCAUCACUGUGGCAUGAGGUUCGAGCUCCUGAAGGUAGGAACCCGUCAGAUAACCAUCAUCAGAAUAUCAUCAAAAUGUUCAGUGUAGAUCCUUAACUCGUAAUCUGCUCAUAAUUCGGCCUGAACACGUCUUGGUUAUGUAAAGGUUUGAUGACUCAGAGAAACGGUUUGAUGGUCAAACUUUCAAACUUCAAACAAAUUUUUUUGGCAAAGUUUACUCAGAUUAUGUUGAAGGUGUGGGAAAGAGCAGCGCUGGGUUAGGUUAGGUUUGAUUGUUGCGUAACAAUGAUAUAACGAUUAUUUGUUUACCUAAGAUAUUUUGUUUGAGGGUGUGAUCGGUUAGAAAUAGCUGUUUGUUAAGAUGAUAUUUAACCCUGAGAUCUCUUCAUCAGGAAAACUUCUCGAACCUUUUCUCAUUACCUUCCUUAAAUAUUUUUGAACUUGUUGGUUUGUUGAUAGAAGUAUUUUUUUCCCCACAAUACUCUGCCUUGAUUUUGUUGUGUUUUUAUAAAGUGAGGCGCGUCAAUAUUCGCCUCCGAACAUUUCUAAUUAGGACCUUCACUAUCCUGUUUCUUUUUCUUUCCUAUUUUAAGUCUUUAUUUUGGUCCUCAUGGUCUCAUUUUAUGUCGUAGGGUUCUCGUGUUGUCAAUUUGGAGGUCUUGUUUUUAAUUAAGCUUUUGUUUUUUAUUUGUUUUUAUUUCCAUCUGCUUCACGACUGUUCGUCAAAGCACUCUGUAAACUUCUGUUUUUAAAAGUGCUAUAAAAAUAAAGUUAUUAUUAUUAUUGUUAUUAUUACUUUUCCAGAAUCGAAACCUUUUUAAUGUUUUUACUCAUUUUGUUGAAGGUAAAAAAAGGAGGAACUGAAAUGGAUCCAAGUUUGACCAAAUUGGAAUCAUGUGAGUACUUUAUUUAAUCGUUCUUAUGUAAUAUCCUAAAAUCACGAACUUCUUCCCCGUCUGCGGUUUGGACACACCGAGGAAGAACGAGUUUCCUCCACGUUUCAUCGUCAAACCCGACCUUAAAUAACCUCAUGGUGAAAAGCAGAACUACAAGCUGAGCCGAGAAGAAAAGUCGGGUUUCCUCAUUUUUAGGAGAUUUUCAAAAAGAGGAAAACAUCUCUGAUGAACAUGUCCCCCAAAUUUAGCAAUCAUAUCUGAUCUCCAACACUCCUGGUUCCUCCAUCUGCUCACCACCGUCCUGCACCAGGACUGUCCAACCAGUAAGCGAUAGACUUCAUGUCCUUUUUUAGACUGAAUUGUUUUGUUUUUCCAGUUGCUGUCGGUCUGGUUCUGCUCGGCUUCCUCUGCCACAGUCUCACAGCCAUCAGCCUGAAGGAACAUCUGUCUGAUUGUCUGGAGGACAAAGAUUACGAGGAGUUGCUGCAGACUGUGCAGAGCGGUCUACCACGCACGAACAGAUCUCAACGUGUCGUGAUUGUCGGAGCUGGAGUGGCCGGACUGACUGCUGCCAAAUUACUGCAAGACGCCGGACACAAGGUGAGUCCAGAGCUGCAGCGCGCUUUACAGACGAACGUUAACAGAAGGAGGUUAAAUGUGCGAUAUGAUGAUUUCAACUAUUCAAAAGUGCAGCAGUCUUAUUCUAUCGUUUGGAAAAGGUGACCAUAUUGGAGGCCAGUGGUCGCGUUGGCGGACGGGUAGAGACCUACAGAAAUGAAGAGGAGGGCUGGUAUGCUGAACUGGGAGCCAUGAGGAUUCCCAGUUCCCAUCGGUGAGUUCCAGUUUUGUUCAUAAAUCAAAGGUGGGGUAGGCAGGAAUCUGUUAAAGAAGCAUCUUUUUUUGUGGAGUAUAAACAAAAAAUCUUUAAAUAGCAGUCAAUAGUUAUUAGUUAUUGAUGACAUUUGGGAAUGCAACGAUAGUCAACAUUUGAACAUUUUUGAGCGGUCCGCUCUUUCUGACUGUAAACAAAGACGUUCUCCACCUCCUCUAACCUGAUUGGUUGUGAGGCAGACGCUGCUCCCCCAUGUCGUUCAGGAGCCCAAACAAAGUUAGCGUGCUACAAUAUCGGACAGUAGAAACCAACCAGAAAGUUUGGAAAAUUGUCUGAAUCCUCCUUUGGCCACGACUGCCGACACAAGCAAGAAAACACUCAAACAUAAACAGUCAACAAGAAAACAGUCAGCAAGAACACAGUCAACAAGAAAACAGUCAACAAGAACACAGUCAACAAGAAAACAGUCAGCAAAAAAACAGUCAACCAUAAUCAGUCAACAAGAAAACAGUCAGCAAGAAAACAGUAAACACCAAACUGGUCAACAAAAAACAGUCAACCAUAAUCAGUUAACAAGAAAACAGUCAACAAGAAAACAGUCAGCAAAAAAACAGUCAACCAUAAUCAGUCAACAAGAAAACAGUCAACAAGAAAACAGUCAACAAGAAAACAGUCAACCAUAAUCAGUCAACAAGAAAACAGUCAACAAGAAAACAGUCAAUGCCAAAACAGUCAGCGAGGAAACAGUCAACCACAAACCGUCAACACAAAACCAAUCAACAAGAAAACAGUCAACCAUAAUCAGUCAACAAGGAAACUGUCAACACCAAAACAGUCAACAAGAAAACAGUCAACAAGAAAACGCUGCUCCCCCGUGUCGUUCAGGAGCCCAAACAAAGUUAGCGUGCUACAAUAUCGGACAGUAGAAACCAACCAGAAAGUUCGGAAAAUUGUCUGAAUCCUCCUUUGGCCACGACUGCCGACACAAGCAAGAAAACAAAGUAAAUACCGGAGACUCUGGAGGAAUAACGGGCGCUUAAAACGGAGGUAGACCGGACAAGAGCUAAAAAGCCGGGUCAACAUAAACAUAUGUCUGAAUUUAAUUGGAAACGAUACGAGUGACCAGGAGUGUCUGUUUGUGGGCGGGGCUUGAGGGGUAAAACUGGUUGGGAGGGGUAGAGUUUACAUUCAAAGUUUUUCCCAGAAACUAGAACUUCCUCAGAUCCUGCCUACCCCACCUUUAAAGUCUGAUUGUUUGUGAUUUACUCUGAUCUAUGUCAUCUCUUCGUAGCAUCGUCCGCUGGUUUGCCAAAGAACUCGGGGUCAAGCUGAAUAAAUUCAUCAUGGAUGACCCGAACACCUUUUACCUGGUCCACGGACUGAGAAAGAGGACGUACACGGUGAAAGCAAACCCUAACGUCCUGAGAUACAACCUGACAAAGAGCGAGAGGGGGAGGUCAGCCAACCGGCUGCUCCAACAAGCUCUGAAGAAGGUACGAGAGUGAGGGCCGGGGAUGGAAAAGAGAGUGAACAGUCUUUCUUUUAGCUUUGAGGUGUUCUGAAAUUCUGAUGUGUUCACAGGUGAAAGAUGAAGUGAAAACCAAAGGCUGCAAAGCUGCCCUGGAGAAAUACGAUCGUUAUUCAGUGAAGGUAAAUUACGGUUAAAUUUGAUGAACUCCAUCUGUAAAGAAAUGUUGAAAACGUCAAAGUUGUUUUGCAGGAGUAUCUGAAAGAAGAAGGGGGUCUGAGUCCACAGGCGGUGGACAUGAUCGGAGAUUUGCUCAAUGAACAAAGCCUCAUGCACCUGGCUCUGACCGAGAUGAUCUACAUCGAGAGUGACGUCAGUGACAGCACCAAGUAAGAUCGGUUAAGAUGCUUUAGCUCGGUGUUACCUCUGUCGGACCUGGUCACUGUUCCUCCAAAGAGAACUUGGUGACAGACGACAUGUUGUUGUUGACAGUCCUCAGAUCAGAUCUCCCGAGUGGGUCUUCAACAGUUCUUUAGAGCGUUUUUGGUGUUUUUUCUGCAGAUACGACGAAGUGACCGGCGGGACAGAUCUCUUAACGACAGCUUUCCUGAAAGUUCUUGAUGUCCCCAUCCUCUUUGACUCCAAAGUGAAGCGGAUCAGCCAGUCCCAUGAAGGGGUGGUUGUAUCGUAUCAGAUGGACACCCAGUUCUCUCUGGUGGACCUUGCUGCUGAUGUUGUCUUGGUGACCACGACAGCCAAAGCGGCCCUCUACAUGGACUUCAGUCCAUCCCUCUCUGUUGAGAAGAUGGAGGCCCUGAGAGGCGUCCACUAUGAGAGCUCCACUAAGAUCAUCCUCACCUUCAGUAAGAAGUUCUGGGAGGACGAUGGCAUCCGUGGAGGAAAGAGCAUCACUGAUGGGCCUUCUCGAUUCAUCUACUACCCCAGUCACAGUUUCCCGGCAAAUAAGACCGUCGGAGUCCUCCUGGCUUCCUACACCUGGUCUGAUGACUCCCUCCUCUUCUUGGGUGCAAGUGAUGAAGAGCUGAGAGAUCUGGUCCUGAGAGACUUGGAGAAGAUCCACGGCAAGCAUGUCAGGUCUCUGUGCACAGGGGUGUUGGUGAAAAGGUGGAGUUCGGAUCCUUACAGCUUGGGCGCCUUCGCUCUCUUCACCCCCUACCAGCACUUAGAGUACGCCAAAGAGCUCUUCAGAAGUGAAGGCAGGGUCCACUUCGCUGGAGAACACACAGCCUUCCCUCACGCCUGGAUCGAGACGUCCAUGAAGUCCGCUAUCAGGGCGGCGAAGAACAUCAAUAACGUGGCGUACAAAGAGUCGGCUAAGACACGACGUAGAGAGGAACUGUAG